AUGUGGGGUCACCUGGCAGCUUUUGUCCUGUUGCUCCUGAAGGUGAGACCUUUGUGCAAGUUGACUAAUGAAAGACUAUUAUUGAAUACAAUAUGGUGUGUAAAUGAGUUUAACACAUUAGAGAUGGUUAUUUUAAGGCUGCUAACAGGAAAGGGGCAAAGUUGUAAAGGUGGCACAAUUACUAUGGAAACCGAUGGCAUGUUCGUGCGGAUAAUUCCACUUUUAGAAUGUUGGCCCAAUUUUCUGUUUGAAAUAGUUAUCUUCUAUUCUCUCAUCAAAUUUCAAAGGGGAUAAAACAAGCAAACAGAAGGGUCAGUGAUGGGGUGAAAAUAUGGCCAAUGAUAGAAGACAGGGAGGAUGCGGGCAUUUAAGAGGAGAAGAAAAUGUAAGAACAUUUAUAUAGAAUGAUUUUCAAGAGUGGUAUCCGGAAAACCGACCCUUUCGGAAAAUGUUUUGGAACACUUAGAUGAUAUUGUACUGUUUAACAGUUUAUUGGUGAAAUGAGUGGUGUUUUUUUUUGUCGGAUAAAAUGACUUGCUUGUCAAUUGUUCUAAAAUCAGGUUAUGUAUAAAAUUUUACUAUAAUAUAAAACGGAGUUUCUGGUAAACCUCCAAAUUAAAAUAAACACUUUAUUAUUAUAAAUAUUAUAAUAUAUUUUUCUCAUACGCAGAGCUGUUAGUUAGGGACCAUGAAGUUGGUUGACCUUUGCCUUUAUUCUAAUAGUCGGAAGAUGAGAUUUACAGCAACCAAGCUUUAUUCCACCAACAAACAAGAGAAAGACCAGAAGUGAGAGCAGUAUUACAUUGUGAGAUAAAACCAAAUUAUUUUAUAUUUUAAUAUUCCAAGAAGAUUUCUGAAAUUGCAUACAUUAUUCUCCUCAGUGUUGGCGUUGUGGUGAGUGGCCUGGUAACCUUCUCCACAUAUGGCGGUCAUGCUUUGCUUUAUCUAUGUUUUGGGGAGGGGGUUAGGGUUACCAUAGAAAGAAUUCUGGUGGAAGCACACCUUUUCCGGCCUGAGAAUGUCCUCCUACAUCAUUCUAGUCUUCCAGUAUCCAAAUAUUAAAAAAAAUGAAUUCUCCAGUUCCUCCUAACUGCAGCUUAUUCUCUCAUUCCUCUUAAAUGGAAGGUAAUGUAGCUGAGAUCGAAACAAAUAAAUCAACGAUCGCAACAUCUAGAAAUGCUAGUGAUAAACAUGUCCAGAGAUGGUACCCUUGUAUUUACAUAAUGGAAACAGACUGGGUUCCGGACAGACUGAACCAGAAGGGGGACAGGAGCAGUCCCGAACGGGAUACACAAGAAUCACACACAGUGGGGGGCUGCCAGGGCGGCAUGAGAGCAUUCUUUUCUACACUCUACUCUCUCCACUCCUGGGUUGGCAUGGGAGCAUUCUCAACUUCAUUUACGCUAAAUCAACGUACCCUUUUCAACCUCUUUCAUCGUCACUACUCUAGCUUCUAAAUUCUUUCAUAACUUUCCUUACACACUUUAACCACCCCUGUAUAUCACUUAGGAUGGGCCUACUAGUUUCAAGAUCCAAGUAGACAGACACUCAAUUAAUCCUGCGAGACCAGAGGCCUAUGGAUAAAUAUCAGGUCUAUGCAUUGCAGAACGUCUUUAGGUCUUAACCGGGCUUACGGGAUUGACCCACCUGGUAGAAUUCUACAGGGUUUCAAAAUAGUGUAUAUUGCUCCGGAACAUGCAAGAGUGCCAUCAUUUAUAAUUCUAUUUCCAAUAUUACAAUUUGAUGUAUUUGCUUGUAUUUCUUGAUUUGUUUUAUUUUGUGUCUUAAUUUAAUGCCAUGUAUUUUUUGGGCUUUCACUUACGGCCUAAUAUUAGGCUCUCAAUGAGUCUUUGUAUUUUCAUUGUUUAUUACAUGCUAUUUUAUCUCUUCUCUUUUUAUUAUCAUUACCUUCCUGUUUAAAAAUUAUACUCAAUAAAGAUUGUCAUAUGACAUCGCAUGCAUUCGUUAUCAGUAUCGAAGAGGAAACAAAAUGCUCUUCAUUGCAACAGGUCCUCGAUUAUAAGGAGAUGAAUGAACACACAAUUUUAGCACAUCAUUAAAAAAUAAAUAAAUAAAAUAAAAUGCAAAUAGGGUUUGCCAUCCACAUGAUUUGUGGGUGACUGGUUCACACUGUAAAAUACACCCUAACUCUGCGGCACGUCUGGGUGUGAAUGAUUUCAUCAUGAUGUCAUUGCCUUGUGAUUCUUCCGACACAAUCAUAGACGCUCAGACAUCUGUACGGAAAGUUUCACACAAAUGUAUGCACACUUAGGCAUUCCUUUCAUAGUACUGUACACACACGUGCAUUCACAAUGCCAUGGGGAUAAAUAUAUAUAUAUAUAUAUUUAUUCCAUGCUGACAUCCUUUCAUAUAAUGUAAAAAAAAUGAAUAAAAAAUAUUCAUAGAACUCUAUAAUUGUAUUAUAUCAUAAAACAGCUUUCUAAAGAAACAAUCUACAUGAUCAAUAGAUUAUAAACUGGUUUAAGCAGGGCCCUCGCUAGCUUUUGUCCUUGCAAGGUUAACUUGCUUGUAUUUCUUGUGAAUCCAUUGUACAGCGUUGCGGAAAAUGUUGGCGCAUUAUAAAAAUUAAUAUAGAAUACACAGGGCAUCCAGAGAAAUUUUGCCUCGGGGACAUAAUUGUAGUGACACAUGCAGAUACACAGACACAGAUACAAACACUGCCACAUAUCCAGAUGCACAGACACAGAUACAAACACUGCCACAUAUUCAGAUGCACAGACACAUUGAUACAAACACUGCCACAUAUACAAAUGCACAGACACAUAGAUACAAACACUGCCACAUAUCCAGAUGUACAGACACAUAGAUACAAACACUGCCACAUAUCCAGAUGUACAGACACACAGAAGCAAACCCUGACACACAUGCAGAUACACAGACACAGAUACAAACACUGCCACAUAACCAGAUGCACAGACACAUAGAUACAAACACUGCCACAUAUCCAGAUGUACAGACACACAGAAGCAAACCCUGACACACAUGCAGAUACACAGACACAGAUACAAACACUGCCACAUAACCAGAUGCACAGACACAUAGAUACAAACACUGCCACAUAACCAGAUGUACAGACACACAGAAGCAAACCCUGACACACAUGCAGAUACACACAUACCAACAGUGACUCACAUGCAGAAACACAGAUACAGCUACAAACACUGCCACACAUGCUGAUACAGAGCACUCUGCAGAUGCUCUUGAUAAAAUGUCAUAUUCAUAUUUAAAAUUAAACAGGGAGCCUUUUGCUGCUGCCCCACAAUUUAUGUCCAAUGCACCAACUAAGUCAUAGAAUGUGAAAACAUAUUCAAAUUAGCAUAUUCAGGGAAGUGUAAUUAAUGCUCUCUAAUUCAGAAGACUUGUGGGUGUGGCUCUAAGUCACACUUUCGAGCCAUAGAAACAGAGAAUUAAAAAUAAUUUGAGGUUAGGACAAAGGGGGAUAUUUAUAGCACCAUAACAACUUAAUAAGAUUAAGUUGUUUUAGUGCCUAUUAUAAUGUCCUUUAAUGUUUUCUAUGACUGAGGUGGAUAAUCGUCACCAGUUUAGCUAAUUUUGUCUAAAAUAGAAAAUGUAUUUGUCAUCUAUCUACAAUUCCUAGCUUAUUAGUAAAAUUGAGAGGUUUCUGUCAUAAUAUACAACAAGGAGGGUAUAUUAUUUUCGUACACACUGUAGACUGUAGUAUAGUUUCAAUAAACGCUCUCUGUAUUUAGCAAGCCAGCUUCCAGAAGAUAUAAAUACAUUAAAAUGUAACUUUAAUAGUUCGUGUUAAAGAUAAAAGAAAAUGAUUAAAUAUUAAAAAUAAGGCAAAAUACAAACUAUAUAUAAAAAAAAAAAAAAACGACACCAGGGUUCAGCCAGCCCCAAAAAUCUGUACAUAGUCUAGCAGCACAAAUUUACCUGUCUUAGGUAAAGGGAAAGAGUCUGAUCAUGUGUCGCAUUACCUGCAGAAUUGUAAAUUUCAUGCAAAAUAUCAACGUGGAUUACAGGGCAAAAUUAAGGAAUACUUCCAACUUGAAUAUUAAGGCCUACAUUUUUAUAAAAUGGUUGUAAAUGUCGCAGUUUGAAAUGUUUUAUUUUAAUUUAACCCCAGAUAGAUUUUGUUUAGUGUUCUGGUGGGACGAGGAGCGUGAUCACGUCCCGCUGCAUAAUAAAUCGAGAAAAAUUCCCGUACCAGCGUGGGAAGCUUUCACAGUCCAAAUUUAUUUUUCCGUUUACAUUUUAAGCAGGCUGUCCCUGUCAUCUGGAGAAAAAAAUAUUAGCUUCUUAAAACUAUGGUGUGUUUUCUAAAAAUGUAUUAGGAUGCAUAAAAAAAAAUUAAUAAUAAUAAUUUAUAAAGGUUUAAUUAAUAAAAUGCCCAAAAUAUGAUAACAGUUUACAUAAUGUCUGUAUCUGGAAGUAGAACAAAUACAAGCAAUGGACUAGAUUAUUUGUGAUUUUUUUUCCACUGCAAUUUUUUUUAAACAAUUGUCCAUUUCUGUUAUUCCCCCCCUCCCCCCCCCCCUCCAUCUUUCAACCUAACAAUUAAUUCCUUAUUCAAUAAACCACGGCUUACUUAUUAGUUUAAUCACACCCGAGAUACACGGGACGCUAACCAUAACUGUCCAUUAGGAAAAACCUACUUCAAAGUUGCAUAUGGGACGGGAACGGUGAAUGCCCAGGACACCGCAGCCCCAUGCUCCAGUGGACAACGGAGCAUACUCACAUAGGAGACCUCACUUGUACAAGUUUUAGACUUAUUAAAUUCCUUUAUUAUUUUAACCACUGUAAAUAUUUCCCCAGUUUAUAAUACCCCCAUCAGACAGACGAUGCAUAACUCCACUGUGAAUAACGCCUUUUGCACAGGCCAUGAGAUGUCUAGCCUCAUUGUGUAUCAUGCACGCUAACCACUUAACCUUUCUUUGUGUAAUCCAAUCUUUUCAUGAACGUUGGUAAUUUGGCUUCUGCGUAAGCCCCAUUUGAAACCGUGAUAUCUGUCUGUCAGAGCAAAAAUAAAGAAUUUAAAAAAAUAACAAUAAUAAUUAAUUAGGUUAUUGGCAUAUCGGUGACCACCACACCCCCUUUUAAGUUUUAAAAUUUAGCUUUAAUAAGCAUUUACUUACCUUGUUUCCAGCACAGAGACUUAGUCCACCUCCUGUUCCCUCUUCUCUCCUCUUUGGCUUUUAAAACAAACCAAUGCUUCUCAUAUAGAAGCAUUGGGAUAAAGAGCACAUGGGUUCCAAGAACUGCACUCCUCCAAUCAAAUGCUUCUCAUAGAGAGGCACUGACUCCGUCUCCAAUGUUUCUCUAUGGGAAGCAUCAGAGGACAUUUGACAUCCCCAUGCAAUGCGCAAGGACAUUGAACAUCAACGAACCAAGUCUGACUCAGUUGUGGGUGCAGAAGCACCAUCUAGUGGCUGUCAAGAAGACAACCACUAGAGGUUAUUUUAACCCUGCAAUGUAAACAUUGCCGUAUCUUCAAAACGGCAAUGUUUUUAUAUUGCAGGAACAAAACGGCAGCGCUGCUGCACCCAGACCACUUCACUGAGAUAAAGUGGUCUGGGUGAAUAUAGUGGUCCUAAGGGGCAAAAAGUAAUAUCUUAAACUCACCAUUAAGUGAAAAAGAGCUCCUGACUUUCAAGUCACCUCAGUAACAAUUUAGGAUAUUAUUAAUAUAGAUACAUGACUUACUAUCUAGCAGAUGUAAAUAUCCAAAUUCAAUCCGCGUUAAAUUUACACAUCCUAAUCCAGUUCCUCAUCUUUAGUUUUUUGGGAACUAUAGAUUCCGUUUUAUCAUUGUGACCACUGUCCACUACUCUUUGCUGAUAAAAAAAAAUAAUAAUAAUAAUUAAAUAAAGAUUACUCACCUCAUGUCCAGCACUGAGACUCCUCUGCUGUAGUCGUCUGCGCUGCCUCCAAAGACAAGACAUGCGCAUGCCUGCUCAGAGGGGAAGCAUUGGAUUGGUGAAAACGCUUCUCCACUGUUUAACAUUGAAGGGUUGAAAUGACAGGACCCCUGCAACCAGACCACUACAUGUGAGGUGGUCAGGGUGAGUCUGGUGGUUCUUUAAACAACACACAGUAAACUGUGAGGUAUUUAAAUUUGGGGUGAAUUUUCAGAAUUCCUAAAAACAAUUGAUAAACUGAAAGGAUUUACUAAUCAAGAUUUAUUUUCAACAUCAUACUGUGGCCUGAAUUUUUCAAAUUCGGGUUAGCGAGUAUAGCAACAAAGCAAUGUUAAUCAUGCUUUGCCAGCAGCAAAUGUUAUACAAACAGAAUCAGAUGCUCAAAAAUCAAUGAGAUGACAUUACAUGACGCUCCGAUCUCUUUCAGGAAGUCACCAUUCCUUACACACACAGCGCUUAUGUCAUGUUAAGUAAACCUAUUUUAUCUUUGGUCAAUACAUUUUAGAGCAAUUUUGCGACCGCAACAUAUCAAUCUUCUAUUUUAACAAACAGUCCAAAACACGCCUUCCCGGAAAAAAAAAUUUGGGUAAUGAGGGAGGAAGCAAUUCAACAUGAAUGAAAAAAAUACAUGUUUUUUUUGUUUUGUUGUUGUUUAAAAAACAGCUCGUUCACAGAGAUAGACGUGGAACAUCUGGUAGUUGCAACUGUAACAAAUUGUGUUUUUUUUGCUUUAUUGUUGCGACACAUAAAAUAGUUUGUAACUAGGCACUUUCUCUACUCCUGUUUAAGGCAGUCAGAGGCAUCACAGGCCAGAUCCAGUUUCUCUGCAUAUUUCACAGUUUGGUUUUUCCUUGCCAUGUACGUAGUUCAACAAAGAUUUUUUUUUUGAGCUCCCACUCUGUGACAGAAUUCCAGAAUAUGACAUCAGACUGCAGAGUAUAUGACAUCAUGGGUGCCAAACCAUGUUCUCUGUUGAGCGUGCGAUUGCAAAAGGACAGACUUCUAAAUAGUGUGCUUAAAGGGACACAGUUAACAACUAGAGCCUAGCACUCCCUUUCUGUAGCCACAAUACCAAUCCAGAAAUUACACAUAUGCUUUAUUUAGGGCAAAUCUGUCCAGCCUUGAACCCUUGUUAGGCUGUGUUUGGGUGGGUUAGCUCGAGUUAGGUGAACACUGCUGCCUCGUUGUCAUCUAAGACUAGCACUUGACAAUGAGGAAAUGUAGUUUCUUCAUUAUCAGAGAGGCAGUAGAGGGAGUGCCCUAUGGGUGCUGGGAGAGUCCAUGUUUUGUUAAAUUGCUCCAAAACGUUUUGCGAUUGAUGCUAUUAUUUGAUUUGUAAGACAAAUUUUAGGGUUUGAGACAGCGAAUUGCAUCAAAUUGAAAAAGGAAUUGUAAAAUUUAAACAAAACGUGCAGAUUUACUAAUUGUCUCCAAGUCAGUGAUAGAGUUAGACUAUUUUAGCUUAACAUUUGUAUGUAAUUUUCAAUUCUCUACAAAGUUUAAAAUCGUGUUUUGUGACAACACAAAUGUUGCCAUCCAAAAUUAAAUUCAUUGAUAAAAAUCAUUCAUCAUGAUUUAAUUUAGACCCAUGAAAUCAAUUUAGAACACUUUUAGAUAAAAACAAUUUUGAAUGACACAGGGAACAUGUGACGGAAUCAGAAAGUGAUUUUCUUUUGAAAUGACCGGUCCACUGUAACACAGAAUGAAUGUCUAAGGUUGACUGCUAUAAUAUAUAUUUACAUUAUCUUCCCUGGUGAUCUAGAACAGUAGUUUCUAAAUAUUUAACACAUUAUAAGUCUAUAUUUCGUGCCAGAUCUUUUUAGUUUAAAUAAACUCAUCACCUUCAUUUUUCUUCUUUGCCCCAAGUACAGAAACUGCAGUUCAUAAAGGCUAAACUAAUAACGGUGAAUUAAAAACAAGUUUGAAAAAUUCAGGCUAUAAUAGCAGGGCUGUGACCAGACCAGGGUUUUCAGGCAUACAUUUUACAGUUACUUUUUCAAUUCAUGAUACUUCUCUAUUUAGAAGUACACCAUUUUUUGUCAUACAUUUCAUGUCAUAAAUAUUUAACAGCUUUAUUUUUAAUGUGUUUAUUUACUAAACCAGUAAUUUUGAGUAAGUUACAAAAUAAUUUAAAGUUUUAACCUAUGAUAGAUGAUCAUAGAAAAUAGCUGAACUUAUUUUAAAAAAUGAUAUAUAUAUUUCACCUAAUAUGUUAAAAUGUGAAAGCCUCAUUAAUUGUCUCCAAAAUGUACUGUUUUGUAAAUAAUGUGUGACAUUCCUGAGUUGAAUAAUUAUUAUGACAUUACAGGAGAAAAUAUGGAUGAGCGCAUAGAUCUAAGAAGUGGAUUUAAAUAUUUACAUCCCGCUCAUAUAAUGUCUACUGAAAAGUGGCAAGUUAGAAUGGUACGGUUUUACACGUGUGAAGCUUUCAUAGAAUUCAAUUAUUUAAAAAAUGCAUAUAGAGCGCUAGUUUCUCGUUGUUGGUACAAAUACCAAAACAGCUUGAAAUUAAAUGAACUGCUCUAUUGUUUUAUUAUUUAUUGUUCUAUUUUUGUCAUUUUAUAUUUUUUUACAAUCUUUAUUUUUAUUUGUAGUCGGUCAAUAAAUAUCAAAGUUGAAUACAAUUGAAGCCAUAUUAUGUAAUCAGACAUCAGGCUACGAUUGUUAUUUUCGUCCGGUUAAAUUGUAUCGUCAGUUAAACAGAAGAACUUUGUAUUACAAUUAAUCCGUCAUAAUUGGAUAUAUUGCACUUGGUUUGUCAAAAAUGCUCAACCUUACAUUUUUCAAAAAUAAAAUAGAGGGGGGAGUUGGGGAGGUACAAGACUGGGAGCGGAUUAACAGACAAUUAGCCCCUUAAGGACACAUGACGAAAAUAUUCCGCCACGAUUCCCUUUUAUUCCAGAAGUUGUGUCCUUAAGGGGUUAAAUAUGUAUUUAGGCAGUAACUCACACCACCAUCCCUAUUUUACCGUACUCCAUUAUGUCCCCGCACCCAACUUGUAUCUUGUAACAUGAAAUGGGAUAGUUUAAUAACUGUAUCCAGGUAAACAGGUUAAAUCUCUGAAGAGUUAGGGUUGCUACACACCCAAUCAUGCGAGGACACACUCUGUGAUCUAUUAACUCCUACAUGUCACAGACUCACACCUUGAAUGACGGGAACAGCAGCACAUGGGGUGUGGGAAUGGGAAUCUCUCUGUAAAUAUUCCAAGGGAAUAAAGGGCUCUGUUUGUUAUUUUUCUCCUUUACCAUCUACAAAAUAAGUUAGAAAAAUCAAAAUGAUCCGCUAUCACCUUUAUUCUGUUGAAACCUCACCUCCUGCACAUGUGGUGAGGGAUGAGAGAGCUGGUCCUACAACCCAGUGUCUGCUUCCAACUUUCGUAGCUGGUGAGCCCAAUUAUUUACUUUUUGGAAGUUCAGUUCAAAACAUUAAGAGGUAUGAUUAUAUUGUACGAACGUGCUGUUGACCAAUGGAAUGAUAAACUGUUGCUCUGUUUACUUUGUUAAUUCUCAAAAAAAAAAAACAUCAAGAGGUUUUGAACUAAAAUACCAUAUGCUGUCCCUAAUUUAACAAGAUCGGGGGCAAUACAGUUGCAGUCUGACUGUUUAUAAUCCCAACUAACCCAGAUUAAAGGGGUACACUGUGAGCCAUUCACUACAAUUUAUUCUUGUUUCAAUUAUAUUACAUUAGGAGCUAACUAUAGAUUGACAGAAUUAGUUCAAUUAAAUGGGAGAUUUUUUUUGCUAUGUUUUUGUGGUCCGAACUACCGAGGCAUUUACUUUAUCAGCGUGGAUACUUUGUGUUUUUUUAAAGACCUAAGGGGCGAAUAAAAGAUUGGAUUUUAUGAAGGUGGGUGCGUCUGUUUAAAUUUAUUGUUUGUCUACUCUGGGUUUGAACUUCCUUAUUGAAGAGGACAGCAAUUGAAGUGUGUGCUCUAUAAAUUGUCCUUUUUACAGUGGAUUUUUUCCAGUGAAUGUUUUGAGCUACAUAAUAGAGUGACCAGUGAGUGGGAUUUUUGAAUCUUUAAGGAGCCAACUAUGGCCUUGAUUUAAAGGAACACUACAAAUAUGUUCUCCUAACACUGUAGUUUCUAGUUAACGGAUUAACUCGAUGAUCUCCAUAUGAAAGAGUUAGGAGGCUAGUGCGCAUGCGUGACAAGUUUUACUCAACUAUACUGUCAUAGUCGACUCUACUGACAGCCACUAAAGUCCUUUAAACCCUGCAAUGUAAAGUUUUCAGUUCCUGCAGAACGGUAUUGUUUUUACUCACAAGGAUCAGCUAUGGGAACAUGGAACCCAGUCCACUUCAUUGAUAUGAGAUGGUCUGCAUGCCUAUAGAGUGCCUUUAAUAAGCUUUCUAAAUGAUUUCAUACUUUUUAAAAACACUUGCCAAAUGAUUCAUGUAGAGAAGUCACGAUAACAAUUAAUUUGAAUUUUUAUAGAUAAAUUGUUUGCAAAGUUUUAUUUUUCUUUUAUUUAUUUUUUUAUAUUCUUUAUUUAAAAGGCAGGGAAAUUUGCAUUACAAAGUGCCAUGACACGUAAAAACGCUUAUACAAAUUCCCGUGUUUUGAAGAAAUGGUAACGCUGAAAUAAAGCAAUCCAAAAUGACAGCAGCUGGUACAACGUUGUCUCAGGAUCAUUACACAUUAACAUCUAGACAGGCCUUAAUGCAUGCACCAGAAUGUGUGAGCUGAAAUCUUUGUCACAUUGUAUGUAAAUGUCAAUAUCGCUAGACUUUGGUAAGAUACAGAGCCCGUCUUGAAGUUGAAAGCAGGAGAUCCCAGACUAAAUAUUUAUAAGUACAGGAGAAGGGUGGGGGGCAGGAGUGCCGCAAGCAUCCAAAUCGAAAACUUAUCCCGUAAUAGGGUCACAUCUACUCCCACCUGGCCCAAUUUUUUCCGAAACGUGGCCUCACCACCCCCCACUGCUGCUGUGAGUUGGCCAAUUAGUUUAUUACGUUCUUUCAUGGAUUUGACCUCUCUAAGCGAUGGGACAUCUUACUUCAUCGAGCUGGCAGCAAGUACCCCUUCUUGCAGCCAAGGUGAGUAUAUUGUAACAUUUCUGCUCAUAUCUGGUCGGUCCCUCCGCUGGUCUAAACAGAAGAAAGGACUAUGGGUCCAUCCCCAUGGGAUUUGAAAAGUUUUCUAAUAGUAUUUAAUCAUUUGGAAAGCUUAUUGAAUUGAGGCCUACGUGCACGAAUUGAUAAAUUCACAGCUUCUUGAUCCAAGGAAAGAUCUGACUGAGAAGGAAUAUUUCCCUAGUUUGUUGUUUAAUUGGAAAGUGCUUUUUACUACAGCAAGAACAGGUGUGAGAAAGGCUGAACUUGAUGUGUCUCUUUUCAGCCGAUGUAAUUAAGGAACAAUUUCGUCUUUUUUUUUUUUAAUUUUACAAUCUAGGUAAAGAUUCAUAGUUCGGUAAGCAUUACUUUAGGCCUAUUCACUUUGACCCUUGAACAAUAGCAAUCUAUUAACACAAUAGAAUGUUCAUUAAAUAGUGAAUUGUAGUGAAUUAAAAAUGUAGUCAAUAUAGCCACAGUUAAAACGUUCUCCAUCUUAGCUCCUCUUCAACUGGGUUCAUUUGAUCUAAAGUUUGCAGUUUGAUUUUCAGUUGCUGUUCCCUGUUUUUGAUAUAGUUUUAAAUACUUCAUAAAAUGGAUUCUACAUUACCCGACCUGAGUGAAUUAAAUUAGCCCACUGCCAGUCACCUGGGGGCUUACAAAAUGUAUUUUUCUUUACAGAAGGCAAUUAGGAAACAUAAGUGUUCCAAGAAACAUUUGUGCUAUAUCUUUCUAUUUCAAGAAUCUAAAAAACUUUCAAGUCAGUAUGUUCAAACACGUCAUAUAAAUUGUAAAUGAAGGCAAAAUUCUACAAGGGGAACAGGAGCCAGUGCUCUGCAAAGGGAGAUGGGUAGCAAUGCUCUGCAAGGGGAAAUAGACAGUGUCAGUGCAUAAUUCAUUGUUGUAUAAUAAAAUAUUCAUGUAAUUUGUGUAGUGCAUAUAUGAAUUGACCACUUGGUAAAGAUCAGGUGACAGAAGUGGUAGUGUGAAUUGCAUAGGAAUGUGAAAGGGGGCAGAUGGUUUACCAUAUGCAUUGAUCCUGUGAAAGCUCUGUAAGGUGUGACACAGGGCCGGACUGGGAAAAAAAUUCGGCCCGGGCAUUUUUUUAUCACAGCGGCCCACUAAGAAGGGGGCGGGGCAGAGAAGGUGUGUUUUGUCAUCACUCAUGACAAACACGCCCCCUCUCAAAGUGAGCAUGUUGGUUCAAUGCUCUCCCAGGGUAGACCAUGCGCAGAGCUCUGCUGAAGAGCUCUAGCAUGAGAAAAAAGCCCUGUAUUUGUUCUGCACAGUGCAAGCAAAUUUAAUAACAUGCUUGCACUGUGUUUCCUUGCAACUUGUCUCUGGUGUCUCUAUAAAUGGAUACCAGGAGACAAAAGGGCCAGGAAAGAGUAUUGUGCAUGUGUUUGGAGCCUGCUUGGGGUAUUGCGUGUGUGCAGAGUGAGCUGGUCGUGGUGUGGUAUUGUGUAAUAAGGUCGGUUUUAGUCGUGUUGUGUUUGUGGUGUAAUGUAAUGCAUAUAUGGCUAGGGGCUUUAGAGAAUGUGUGUUUAGGGGAUGUAGCAAGUGUGUAUAUACAGGCUAUAGUGUGUGUGUGUGUGUGUGUACAUGAUGUAGUGUUUGUAGAGUGUGUGUGUUCAGGGAAUGUAGUAUGUGCUUGCUUACAAGGAAUCUAGUGUGCGUAUAGGGGAUCGAGAGUGUGUGUGUUUGAAGGACCCAGAAUAUGUAUAGGAGAUCUAGUGAGCGUGCGUAUAUAAUGGAUUCAGAGUGUAUAUAGGGAUCUAGUGUGUGUAUGUGUGUAGAUGAUCCAGAGUUGGGUAGAGGAUCUAGUGUGUGUCUGGAAUGAAAUGUGUUUAGGGGUGCUGUGUGCAUAUUUAUAUGUGUAUAUAUAUUAUAUAAAUAUGUUUGGAAGUAUUGUGUAUGUGUGUGAUGCAGUGUAUCGGGGGGUUGUGUGUGUAUGUGAGGGGUGCAGUAUGUGUGUGUGAUGGAUCCUGUGUGUGAGGUGUGGGUGCUGUGUUAGGGUGCUGUAUGUGUGGGUGCUGUAUGUGAUUGAUUUGUGUGAGGGUGCUGUGUGUGUGGGUGCUGUGUAUGAUGUGUGUGAGAGUGAUGUGUGAGAGUGCUGAGUGCUGUAUGUGAGAGUGUUGUGUGUGAUAGUGCUGUGUAUGUGUGUGAUAGUGCUGUGUAUGUGUGUGAGAGUGCUGAGUGUGAUGUGUGUGAGAGUGCUGAGUGUGAGAGUGCUGUGUAUGAUGUGUGUAAGUGUGCUGAGUGUGAGAGUGCUGAGUGUGAGAGUGCUGUGUAUGAUGUGUGUGAGAGUGCUGAGUGUGAUGAGUGUGAGAGUGCUGAGUGUGAGAGUGCUGUGUAUGAUGUGUGUGAGAGUGCUGAGUGUGAUGAGUGUGAGAGUGCUGAGUGUGCUGUGUAUGAUGUGUGUGAGAGUGCUGUGUAUGAUGUGUGUGAGAGUGCUGAGUGUGAUGAGUGUGAGAGUGCUGAGUGUGAGAGUGCUGAGUGUGCUGUGUAUGAUGUGUGUGAGAGUGCUGUGUAUGAUGUGUGUGAGAGUGCUGAGUGUGAUGAGUGUGAGAGUGCUGUGUAUAAAUGUGUGUGUGGGGGGGUAAAUAAAGAAAUAAAAAAAAAAAACUAAGUAGGCAUUAAAUCCCCCCCUCCCUCUUACCUUUAGCCUGGGAGGGGGGGACAGGCACGUGGUAGCUGGGAGGAGGCGGACCGGCACGGUGACAUCAUCCCUGGUGGUCCAGUGGUGAGUGAACUCUCGCGAGAUCGGGGCGUUGCCAUGGCAACGCGCCGGAUCUCGCAAGAGGAACCGGGCGGAGCUACAACAUAGAGCUCCGCCGGGUCCUCUCCCUCCCUCCCCAGCCGCAGGUCUAUUGAAAUGGGCCGGUGAGGGAGAUCUUUGAUCUCCCCACCGGCCCUCCAUGGCAAAUAGCGGGGCCGGCGCUCGGAUAGCGCCGGUCCUGCAUAGACCGGCAGGGGAGAUUCUGGGACCUCCCCUGCCGGCCUCGGCCCAUGGCCACCGCGGCCCACCGGGCAUUUGCCCGGUGUGCCCGAUGGCCAGUCCGGGCCUGGUGUGACAAGUCACAUAUAGGUGGCCUGGAAGUCUAGCUCCAAUGUAAACUAGCUGACUUCACCCAUAUGGCCUCUGCCUUUUAAUUGAUGAGGGGAUGUCUUUGAUAUGUUAAUGAUCAUUAGCUUUCAAGAAAAGAUAAAAAACAAGCCUUGUGUUCCAGUAUCAUAUCCUAAAGAAAGAAACGUUAAUAUUUACCCACAGAAUAAUAAUUAAGCCUCAUUUUUGUUAUAUUUGGAAUCUGACCAGCACAAUCUAUUAAUCAAGCCCAAACAUGAUUUGCAUAACUUAACCAUAUGGGAAGGGAUUGGGAUGUCCGCUCUAUUGGGUCACAAGUAAGAAGUGUGACUUAUCUAUGGAAUAGAGAAAUUGUAACCAAUUCAUAGAUGCGAUCAUUAUUUCUGUGGCAAGUACAUAAGAGGAGAUAGAACCAAAUGUUUCCAUUUGGAUUGAUGUUGGUCGGGCACACAAGGGGAUGGUCACUUGUCUCCACCUCUGGGUGAGGCUUGAUAAUCCACAGGGUAUAUCUCUAUUCUCUAAUAAUACUGAAAUGUGCAUUGUACUUGCUUGAGGGGCCAGAAUCUAAUUGUGAGUGAGUCACCAUAUUUCUUACCAGAGACCCCCUGGGACAAAAGUUUUACUUUGAAAACCUGAGUAAGUUAUUAGGACUUCUGUUAUUUUAUCCCUUUUGGUUUUAUCUGUUGUUGGUGUACCUAAUUUGAUUGUCAGCUAUAUUUUAGUAUGCACUGUGACUAUUUUUUGCUCAUAAUAAAUAUUCCUUUAUUAAGUUCUACCUUUGUUUGUUAAAGAAUCACGUUACCUGAAGAGAGUAAUUAGUAUUUUGCAAUUACAUAGAUUUUGUGCUAAGUUACAUGUGGUGCUUUCUUAUUAUUAAGUUACCUGGGGGACUAAGGAACCCCAUUUAUAAAUUGUCUUGGUGGUGGCAGCGUUAAAAUAGUAAUAGUUAAAUUAUUAUGAUUAAAGGAGCACUAUAGGGUCAGGAACACAAACAUAUAUUUCUGACCCUAUUGUAUUAAAACCACCAUCUAGCCCCCUUGCCCUCUCUUGCCUCCCUAAAUAUAGUAAAAUCUUACUUGUAUUCAAGCCUGAAGCUGCUGGCUCUGCCCCUGUCUGCCUUAGAAUAGCAAGCUGUCUGCUGACAUCAUCAGAAGUGUUGUUCUGAGCCAAUCACAAUGCUUCCCCAUAGGAUUGGCUGAGACUGUGAAGGAGGCAGAUCAGGGGCAGAGCCAUCACAAGUCAAACAGCCAUGGCCAAUCAGCAUCUCCUCACAGAGAUGAAUUGAAUCAAUGCAUCUCUAUGAGGAAAGUUCAAUGUCUGCAUGCAGAGGGAGGAGACACUGAUAUGUUGUGAUGCACACUAGGUAAGACUGAGAUAGGAAGCAGCUCUAACAGCCAUCCAGGCUUGCACCUCUCACUACAGCCCCUGCCUCCCCCUCUACAUGCUCUGUCUCCCCCCUACAGCCCCUGUCCCCUCCAUAACACCCCCUAACUCCCCUACUACACAUCCCUCAAAUUACAACAUCUAUCACCCCACUACACCCCCUAAAUUUUCACAGUCCCCUGCUCUGUAUACCUGUAUCUGUAUGACUAUAAGACUAUGUAUGUCUGUGUCUGUAUGUCUCUGUUUUUCUGUGUCUGUAUGUCUCUGUAUGACAGUAUCUGAAUGUCUCUGUAUGACAGUGUCUAAAUGUCUCUGUGUGUGUGUGUGUCUGUAUGGCUGUGUUUGUAUGACAUACUUGUAUGUGUAGAUUGGUAUGACUGUGUACCUGCAUAUCUCUGUGACUGUGUGCCUGUAUGACUGUGUGUUUCCAUAUAUCUAUGUCUAUUAGACAGGGACACACAAAACAGACUGAGGGGAGAAAGCAACAGAAAGGGUCUGGAGGAAAGAAAGAGAUACACAAAGGGGCUGGGGAGGAGAAUGUAGCCCCAUGUAGCCAAGCGCAGCUAAGCGGAAAAAGGCCUUGACAGGGGUUAGGAGGCGGGCCUAGGAGGAAGUAAGCAAGGGAGUGGAGUUAUGGGUAAGUGGGUUUGGUUAUUUAAAUGGGCAGCCAUUUUAGUUAAUUCAUUUUAACUUCCUACCUGGUUAAGUUUGUGUUCGCUCCUGUGGGCACAGAUUUGGCUUGGUAGGGUUUUUUCCUUUUGUCUCCCUGCAGGGCCGAUGGAGGAAGUGGAGCGACUGCUGGAGCGGAUCCGGUCGGCGGCGAGGCACCAGGGGGCUGACUGGCUGAAGGCCCAGUUAGGCCCGGCCCUGGCGGCGGCGGAGGGCCAGGACGGCGGCGGACGACGGCCUGUUCGGGCCAGGAGGCCUCCGGAGCGGCUAAGCCCGGGUGUGGGACCCGGUGAAGACAUCCCUGGUGGUCCGGGAGGCUCCGGUGCGGGCGGCAGCAGGCCCGGCAGCCGCGUGGUAGAGGCCCCGCCUCCCCGCGAGCGGCCGGAGCCUAGGACCAGUGCCCGGGGCCGGGGGGACGGUCGGGACGGGGCCGUCGCGGCUGCCGGGUCGGACGUGGCCGGGCGGUCCCCUGGAGGAGCGGGCAGCAUGGAGCUGCGGCCCGGGAGGGCGCGCGCCCCGUCGGAGGCGGAGAUCGGCGGGGCCGGGACCGGGAGGACACGUGGCCGGUUCCCGGCCCCAAAGGCAAGUGCAGGGGGCUCCGGCCGGGGCCCUCUUGGCGGGAAAAGUGCUGGGGGGGUCCUGUCAGGGGGCGGAGGGCGGAGGGCCCAAGUGGGGGGUGGGAAGGCCUCCCAGGGACCGCGGGUGGUGGAUGGGGAGGGCAUAGGGGUCAUAGGUGGGGGGAGUAGUGGUAGGGGUGGGGGGGCUGUGGGUGAGGAGGGACUGCUGGGCUCCCACAGUAGGGGAAAGGGGGCCUCCUUGGGCUCUGGGGCUGGGCCGGUGCGGGUAGGGUCGGGUAGGCCUGGUUUAGGGGUUGGGGGGGCCAGUCUGGUUGAGGGGGGUCUAGGUCCCCUUAGUCUGGGAGCCAGUUCAGGUGGGGGGUCGGGCUCUAGCCGGAGGGGUGAGCGUUUGGGGGUGCAGGGUAGUAGGGGGGGGGGGUCCGGUUCAGGGUCCUGUAGUGGUAGUCCCUCUCCGGUUCGGGAAGUAGAGCCACGGGGGAGGGGGGGGAGGAGGGGGAGGUCCCGGCAGCGCCGCUCCAGGUCAGGGAGCUCGGGAGAGAGCGGGUCUAGCGUCCCCAGGGGUGGUCGGCGGGGACGGAUGCCCGGGGAAGACAGGAGGAGCCGUAGCCCUAGGGGCUCCCGCGCGCGGCGCGUGCAGGGGGCACAGCGGGAGGCUUUGGCAAGGGGCAGGCGCUCCCAGGGUCGAGACGGGGGGGAUGCGAAUACUCAGUGCACCCUACCCAGGACUUCUUCUCCUCUUUCCAGGUCACGGAGCUGUUCCAUAUCGACACGGGCAAGGCACCGGUUUGGCUCCCCGGUUGGCGAGGUAUCGGCGGGAGUCGCUCUCCCUGGACAUCGGGCAGUCGACGACGCAGCCCCUGCCGCGUCAGUUGCAGGGGGCUUGGCCGGUGAGUCUUGUGGGUCACUACACUCCAGUUCCUUAGUUAGCACACUGCAAGCACUGCUCCACUCGCUGGGGGCGGGGGGUGACACGGGGGGUGGCGUUGGUCGGGUUUGGGCCCCGGGGACGGAGGUCCCUGGUCCUAGUGGGGUUUCCGUGGGGCUUAGUUCGGGCGGGGACGUGGGGGUGGCGCCCGAGGCGAUGGCGGCCGGGGGUGACAAGGCGGAACUGGCCGGGGGUAUUCCGGAUGCAGCGAGGCAGCACGCAUACGUCUCGUUUGCGGGCCCCCUGGGGGUUCAUCUGAAACAGGACGUGAAAGAGAAGCUCUGGAAAGGUGAGUUCUGCGAGAUCUUCUCCCUGCUCCCCUUGGAGGACUUUAUUGACCUCAAGGAGGAGGAUAAAAAGGAUGAAAAGAAGGAGGAGGAGGAGAAGAGGAAGCGGUAUCGCAAGAUUCCGAAAUCCUUUGGCAACUGGUUACGGGCGUUUUGCGUGCUAGCCAGCGUGCUGGGGGAAAAAUCGCCGGGAUUAUGCUCGUCCCUGUUCUGCUACCUGGACGGCAUUUGGGAAGCAUAUCGCACCUAUGGGGGGCUGGCAUGGUGGCGCUACGAUGAACAGUUCAGGCAGCGACUGGCGGCUAACCCGGGGAUGAGGUGGGAUCAGAUGGAUCUGCCCCUCUGGAUGAAGCUAAUGAUGGCCCAGAAGGCGCAGCCCUUUCCAAACUCGGCCGGCGCGAAGGGGCAGUCCGCCUCGUCGGCCGCUUUGCAAAAGGGCUUCUGCUGGCUCUACAAUGAGGGCCAGUGCAAAUGGGGAAACGCUUGUCGAUUUAAGCAUGAGUGCUCCGGUUGCGGGGGUGCUCAUGGGCUCAAUCGCUGUUUCAAAAAAGGGAAGGCGGGAACAGCCGGAGCGGCUGCCGGGGCCGGAGGGAAUGCUUCCCCUGCCCCGGGGCUUCACGCCGGUGAGGCUAGACGCGAUGGAGCCGUGGCUAAGCCGCUACGGUAACAGGACUGAUGCCUCGGUACUUAGGGAAGGCUUCGGGCGGGGUUUCUUUAUUCCCUUCCGGGAGCGGGGGGUUCGGGGGGGUUGCGCAACCUGAAGUCGGUGGCGGAUUUCCCGGAGGUGGUACGGGAGAAACUAGACAAGGAGGUUGCGCUGGGGCGGAUGGCGGGCCCGUUUGCGGUGCCCCCAUUGGAGGACCUACGGGUUUCCCCUCUUGGGGUGGUGCCAAAGAAGGAGCCGGGGAAAUUCCGGCUCAUUCACCACCUCUCCUACCCAAAAGGGGAGUCGGUGAAUGACGGUAUUGAUAAGGACCUAUGCUCGGUCUCGUAUGCAUCAUUCGACCGGGCGGUCGAGCUGGUUAAACGGGCCGGGCAUGGGGCACUUAUGGCAAAAGUGGAUAUUGAGGCGGCGUUUCGGCUGCUGCCAGUCCACCCGGACUGCCACCACCUGUUGGGAUGUUUUUUCGAGGGAAAAUAUUUCGUGGACUUGUGCCUCCCUAUGGGCUGUUCUAUUUCAUGCUCCUAUUUCGAGAAAUUUAGUACUUUUCUCGAAUGGGUGGUGCGGGUCGAGGCGGGGAACCGUUCGGUGGUGCACUACCUGGACGAUUUCUUUUGCGUGGGGCCGGCUGCCUCCUCGGCAUGCCAGCAACUGCUUAGGACCGUGGAAUGGGUGGCGGGCCACUUUGGGGUGCCGCUGGCAGCGGAUAAGACGGAGGGCCCGACGACGUGCCUUAGUUUCUUGGGGUUAGAAAUAGAUUCUAUCUUGGGUGAAUGCCGACUGCCUCGGGACAAGUUGGAGGGGCUCAAGGGGGCGGUAGCUGCGGUGACCGUUGAGCGCAAAGUUACGCUGCGGCAACUGCAGUCGCUAAUAGGGAUGCUGAACUUUGCAUGCCGUGUAAUUCCUAUGGGGAGGGUUUUCAGCCGCAGCCUGGCGGCUGCUACGGCAGGAGUUCGAUCCCCGCAUCAUUUCAUACGGGUGUCAGCAACCAUGAGGGCUGAUUUGGGCGUGUGGGAUGCCUUCCUGCAGGAUUUCAACGGGACGGUGUUUUUCAGGCGGGCGGGUAAGUCGGCGGCGGAGUUGGAGCUCUUCACGGAUGCUUCGGGUAGUGUGGGCUUCGGGGCCUACUUUGGCGGGAGAUGGUGCGCGGAGCGGUGGCCGGAGGCAUGGGGGUCUAGCCCAGUCAUGCGCAACCUGGCUUUUCUGGAAUUAUUCCCGUUGGUCGUUGCAAUGGCACUAUGGGGCGAGGGGCUCCGGGACCAGAAAGUGGUCUUUUUCUCGGACAACAUGGCGGUGGUGCAUGCGGUGAAUAAUCAAUCGGCUGCCUCUAAGCCGGUGGUUAGGUUGCUGCGGCGCUUUGUGUUGAUGUGUAUGUCACGGAAUGUUGUGUUUCGCGCGCGUCAUGUCCCUGGGUACCUGAAUGAGGUGGCUGACGCUCUGUCUCGUUUUCAGUGGUCCCGAUUUUGGUCGAUGGCGCCAGGAGCAUUGAAGGAAGGGGAGGCUUGCCCGGACGAGAUAUGGCAGCUGGGAGCGUCCUGCUUGGGGGACUUGUGAAGGCUUCACUGGCACCGGCCACAUGGGCCUCCUACAGUAAGGUCUGGGACUCUUGGGAACGAUCAUUAGACGGGUUGGAGCAUGGCUUACGUGGGGAUGCGCUGCGGGACGCUUUUCUAUGGUACACCUGCCAAUUGCUGGCAAAGGGGGCGUCCCCGGCAGUGGUCGACAGGUCCAUGGCGGCAAUGGCGUUCUGGUUCCGAUGGCGCGGGUCGGAGGAUCUGACUAAGACCUUCCUAGUACGGCAGGCGCUGAAGGGUUAUCGAAAGGGCCGCAGGACCUGUGACUCUAGGCGCCCGGUGUCGGUACGGGUAUUGGGGGAUCUGGUGGGUCGGUUGCCGGAAAUUUGUUUCAACGGGUUUGAGGUCUCUCUGUUCAGAGCGGCUUUUCUCUUGGCAUUUUUCGGGGCGUUCCGCGUGGGGGAGCUGGUGAGUGCCAGUAGGGUGGUGCCCGGGGGUCUGCAGGCCUCAGGGGUUCGUGUUUUGGAGGGUAAGGUGGUUGUGCAUCUGGGUAGUUCUAAGACGGACGUCCGUGGCGUGGGUAGGGACGUUACGCUAUGGGCUCUGCCGGGCGCAGCAUUGUGCCCGGUGGCUGCAGUGGCGGAGUACAUGGCUCGGAGGCCGGCGGUGGGGGGUUCCUUCUUGGUACAUGCGGAUGGUUCUUCCCUGUCCCGGUUUCAGUUUACAAAGGUUUUUCGGGCCGGGCUAGGUAAGUUGGGGCUUCCGGCCGGACGUUUUGGUACUCACUCCUUUCGCAUUGGGGCGGCCACGGAGGCCGCACGGUUGGGAUUAGGAGAUGAGGUCGUGAAGCGCAUAGGGAGAUGGGAGUCGGUGCGGUUCCGCUCAUAUGUGCGGUUGGGCUUAUUGGAAUAAAAAAAAAAAAAAAAAAGGUACAUGUCUGGGUAGGUAUAUGUUUAUAUAUAUGUGUAUGUAUAGAUAUGGUGCGGGGGCGGACAUGGACGGAGGAGUCCUCUUUUGCCUUUCCCUCAUGCUUGUUUUCUUCUUCUCCCCAGGACGGGUUGCUUGGAUUGUGGGACAUUCUUUUGUCUUCUGGGCCGAGAGGAGGGCCGCAGCUCGAAUGCAGGGCCAGCAGCUGGGCUUUCCGAAGGACCAGUUGACAGUCCGAUGGUUUGGGUACAGGGGAUUUUGCUGGGGGGAGGUUUGUGGGGCAAUGUUUAGGAUGGUGGUGGGCGGGAGGACACCGGACAUGGUGGUCCUUCAUGCUGGGGGUAACGACUUGGGCCUCACGCCACAACGUCGGUUGGUAAAGUGGAUGAAGCAGGACAUCAACAAAUUGAGGGACCUGCUUCCGGGGGUUAUGUUAGUGUGGUCGGAGAUUGUCCCAAGGCGUCGAUGGCGGCACGCGCGGGAUCCGGUGGCGAUUGAUCACUGCAGGAAAAAGGUGAACAGCUUAAUGGCGAGCUUCGUUAGGAAGAUGGGAGGUGUGGUGGUACGGCACAGCGAGUUGGAGGAGGGGUUGCCGGGGUACUACCGCUCGGACGGGGUUCACCUUUCGGAGGUGGGUUGGGAUCUGCUCAACUUGGGUUGGCAGGUUGGUAUGCAGCGGGCGCUGUUUCUUCGGGGUGGCGGAGCUCAGACGGCUUAAGGGGUCAAGGUCUGAGCUUAUGGCGGGACGGGGAGCUGAAGGAGAGGAAAUAGGCUCCCCAGGAUGAACGUAAUGGAAGACAAACAAGUGGUGGUCAUUGGUGGUUGAUAGGUUUCGAGUCCUGUCGGUGGCUCAGAACCUGGUGGGGUAGGGGUAUCCGGGUAUACCCCUGCCGUGGUUAAUGGAUGGUUGGCACUUUACAUCGAUUGGAAUAAUGUUGAUGUAUGUUAUAUAUAUAUGUUUAUUUAUAUGGGGGUCAUUGCCCUUUAUAUGUUAAUGGAAGGAAUAGGAUGCGAGGGCGGAGUAUGGGGGGCAAUGACCCAUGUUUACUUGUUAAGUUAUUAUUAUGAUUAUUAUUGUUAUUAUUAUUGUUUGCUAAAUAAAGCUGUGGACAUAUUUCCCCAUAUCCUCUAGUAUGUGCGUUAUUGGGUUGGGUUAUGGGGUGGUUGUCCUGGAUUCCGACUGCCCAAAAUGGCGACUAUACACCUGUCAUGUAGCCCCAUGUAGCCAAGCGCAGCUAAGCGGAAAAAGGCCUUGACAGGGGUUAGGAGGCGGGCCUAGGAGGAAGUAAGCAAGGGAGUGGAGUUAUGGGUAAGUGGGUUUGGUUAUUUAAAUGGGCAGCCAUUUUAGUUAAUUCAUUUUAACUUCCUACCUGGUUAAGUUUGUCCCACCCACCCUCCCUGUUUUGUUAUGUGUGGUUUUGUCCCGUUUUUUCACAGCGGCGGGACGGGGAGCUGAAGGAGAGGAAAUAGGCUCCCCAGGAUGAACGUAAUGGAAGACAAACAAGUGGUGGUCAUUGGUGGUUGAUAGGUUUCGAGUCCUGUCGGUGGCUCAGAACCUGGUGGGGUAGGGGUAUCCGGGUAUACCCCUGCCGUGGUUAAUGGAUGGUUGGCACUUUACAUCGAUUGGAAUAAUGUUGAUGUAUGUUAUAUAUAUAUGUUUAUUUAUAUGGGGGUCAUUGCCCUUUAUAUGUUAAUGGAAGGAAUAGGAUGCGAGGGCGGAGUAUGGGGGGCAAUGACCCAUGUUUACUUGUUAAGUUAUUAUUAUGAUUAUUAUUGUUAUUAUUAUUGUUUGCUAAAUAAAGCUGUGGACAUAUUUCCCCAUAUCCUCUAGUAUGUGCGUUAUUGGGUUGGGUUAUGGGGUGGUUGUCCUGGAUUCCGACUGCCCAAAAUGGCGACUAUACACCUGUCAAGAGACACACAAAGGGGCUGGGGAAAGUAAGAGAUACACAAAGGGAGUUGUAAGAGACACACAAGAGGGUGUAAGACAUAGUAAAGGGGGGAUAAAAUACGCUAAAGAGAGUAAAAAAUUCAAAACUGAAUUUUCGGGGGUGGGGGGGCGCAAUGCAUCUUUGCCUGUGUAGCCAAAAUUCAUUGCACUGGCCCUGAAUGCAAUACAUGUAUGACUUUAAUAUAACAAAAACAAACUGGGGAUGAUGGGUGGUGACCCUAGGUACUCAGAUAAGCUAACAUUGUGUUCUGAAUUCCUAAUGCAGUUUAUUUGUGUUAUUGAAUCCUGUGAUUCAUUGUGUUGUGUUGUCACAGGGUGUCCAGACACUCACUGUACAUGACACAGUGCAAGCGUGGGAAAAAUACCAAGCGGAUUGUGAACAUAGGAUGCAGACCGAGCCUGCCAUGAGCGGUGAGACUCCACAAUGCACAAACAGCACACACAAAACACAUCAACAACCAAUACAUAGAAUAAAAAAUUCAAGCAAAAAGCUGUUGGCUGAUCUAAUAUCUUUAGCAUGUCAGAUGAUAAAGUUACAUUUGUUUACUUGACAUAUUUUCUUUAGCAGCUCUUUGAAGCUGGAUUUACCGCAGAUGAGUAAAUAUAAAAAAAAAAAAACCUCUUCCACCAUGUCUUCAUAAACGACGGGGUCGUAUUUGUAACAUUUAGUGACACUUGUUUUUUGCUGAAAAUUGCUAAAAGUAAAGCAGUCUCUGUGUACAGCGAAGGGGAUGUACCUGAUGCGUUCACUGUUUUUCAUGGACAUUAUGCUACUUUCUACUGUUAGAACUUUGUUUUACUUUUUGCAACAUUUGAUAAGAGACAUAUCACUUCUCUAGAAUUUACACCAUUGAAUUAUUAUCCACUUCGGACAGUUCAAAGGGCAGAGAUUAUAUCAAUCACUAAGAUGGAGGCAUCCAGUAGCAGGAUAAAAAGGUGUGAAUUUCUGUAUUUAAUUUAGUUUUUCACUCCUCAGAAAUACAUAUUUGUUAAACCUAGGGAUAUGCAAACACAAUAUUAUAAAUUCAGGGAAGUGAUAGUUACCCUUUAAUUAGGGUGUACACAUGGGAGAAAUAUUAUCAGUUACUGUACGUCUUUCCAAGUACAUGUUGAAUACCCCUUACAUGCUUGUACAUUUGACAUGUAACCUGUUACAGGCGUAUUCUGUAAUCGAACGUUUGACUGGUACGUGUGUUGGGGAGAUGCUGCAGCUAACACAACGCAUGCGGAACCCUGUCCAUCAUACUUACCGUGGUACUCCAAAGGUAAGACACAGGUGACAAACAAGAGAUUUAAAGCACAGGUUGUGCUACCAUGUAAGCAUUGCGUGGGUGUAGUAUGAAUCCACCUCACAUAAUUGGGGGGUUGAUAUCCCCACUGUCAUGACGGUUUAGCUGUUAAGACCAUAUGUCCUGCUGUUUGAGCACGAUAAAAUAAAAACAAACCGUUUUAAAGGAAUAGGGGGUAUUGUCUUCACUUUACUUUUAUAAGAAGAUGACAUUUCAACAAUGUGAUCAUUUCUGUGCCACAUGGAUUUACUGAUAUAGUUAUAUAAAAAUAUAUAUAUGAAUACUUACAAAUUAAGUAUUUUCUUUGUGUUUGUUUUUUGGGGGGUGGAAAAUCUACAAGAAAUAUCCAUAGACUUAGAGACUUAGAAUUUCACUUUAAUCCACCCCAGUGAUAGUUGAACCCUUACUAAGCCAUGUGGUUUGAUGUAUGCCCUCUAAGGGGACAAACAUUUCUCAUUAAAAGUUUGCCGUCCCUCCAGAUGGUUUGGAAUGUCUAUACAAAGUUCUUAGGUGGCCAGCCAGUCUAUCUUCUAGUCUAUGUGUAACAUUCGUGACAAGAAUUCUAAAUCAUCACAACUCUACAUUUCCAUUUUUAUUAUUAUUAUUUAUAUUCCUUUAUUUGUACAACUAGACAACUUCGUAUCUUUGCAGUCCUAUAUUUAUCCAGAGAGAGGUUGUGGGGUGUAAAACCUUUUUUUAUUUUUACAUUUAAUUCUACUCCUACUUCUCCUUCCUUAUCUCUUCCUCCCCAAUUUAGUAAAAGUGGGCUUCGUCUUUCAGCGCUGUGGCUUUGAUGGCCAGUGGGUCCUGGAUGACACAGGCAAGCCAUGGAGAGACAACACUCAGUGUGAGAAUGUUGACCCAGAGCAAGAGAACUCAGAAGUAAGAGAUGCUUCUGGCAUGACGAGAGCCAACUGCCAAACCCAUGACCUGGGCAGAGUCCAUUAAUUAAAUUGUUAUAAACUAUAGAACAGCUUAGUGUUUAAUUAAUGACGGUAUUCCUGUAUCCUUAAUGGAAUGUCAACAUAUUGAGUCUAAUAGGGUUAUUUGCUUAAGUGAGAAUUCAAAGUGAAUUUUACAUUUAAGACCAGAGUAGUCAAACUGACAGUAUACCUGACUUACAGAAUCUUCCAGUUCUGCUAUAUUGACCUUAAUUUGGAAAUUCACUUUGAAUUCUCACAUUAGUGAAUAACCCAGGUUGACCACGGUGAAUAACCGAAUGCUAAUUCUAAAUCAAACUCUUUACAGGAACAAUAUAGUGUUAGCAGGGCUGCCAUCAGAAAUUUUGGGCCCCCUGACAAAGCACAAGGUCUGGGGCCCCCCUCUGUCCCCCCCGGGCCUGCCCACGCCCUACCUAGUCCGCUGACAAUGAUGUGGGACUGAAUGUGGUGUAAAUAGUGGAAGUGAAUUAGAAUGUGUGUAAUGGAUGUAGUGUUUGUGUGUAUUAGAUACUGUUUGUGCAGUGAAUGCAGAGUGUGUGUUUGUGUAGCGGAUGCAGUGUGUAUAGUGAACGCAGAGUGUGUUUGAGUAGUGGAUGUAGUGUGUGUGCAGUGAUGUAGUGUGUGUUAGUGUAGUGGAUGUAAUGUUUGUGUGUACUAGAUGCAAUGUGUUUAGUGGAUGCAGUGUGUGUAGUGGAUGUAGGGUGUGUAUUAGAUGCAGUGUCUCUGUAUAGUGAAUGCAGAGUGUUUCAAUGUGUGGUGGAUGUAGUGUGUGUGCUGUGAAUACAGGAUGUUUGUGUAGUGGAUUCUGUGUGUAUAGUUAAUGCAGAGUGUGUGUUAGUGUAGUGAAUGCAGAGUGUGUGUCAGUAUAGUAAAUGCAGAGUGUGUGCAUAGUGUAGUGAAUGCAGAGUGUGUGUUAGUGUAUAAUUAAUGCAGUGUGUGUUAGUGUAGUGAAUGCAGAGUGCGUGUUAGUGUGUAGUGAAUGCAGAGUGUGUGUCAGUGUAAUGAAUGUAGUGUGUGUGUUAGUGCAGUGAAUGCACAGUGUGUGUUAAUGUGUAGUGAAUGCAAAGUGUGUGUGUUAGUGUAGUGAAUGCAGAGAGUGUGUUAGUGUGUAGUGAAUGCAGAGUGUGUGUUGUACUAGUGUAUGCAGAGUGUGUGUCAGGGUAGUGUAUGCAGAGUGUGUCGUAUUAGUGUAUGCAGAGUGUGUGUUGUAUUAGUGUAUGCAGAGUGUGUGUUGUACUAGUGUAUGCAGUGUGUGUCAGUGUAAUGAAUGCAGUGUGUGUCAGGAUAGUGUAUGCAGUGUGUGUCAGUGUAAUGAAUGCAGUGUGUGUCAGUAUAGUGUAUGCAGUGUGUGUGUUGUACUAGUGUAUGCAGAGUGUGUGUCAGUGUAGUGUAAAUUAAAUUAAAUGUUUCUCUCCCCUCCCUGCUUCUUACCUGGUCCAGGGAGGGGGGAGGGUCCAUCCCUGGUGGUCCAGUGGCAUGGGGGGCCCCCCUGGCUCCCUGUUACCGCAGAGGGGGCCCAGCACACAGUUUCUUCACACGCAGUUCAUCGCCUCCAAUAACUCUCGCAAGACCCACGUCCUGCGUGCCGCGCGGAGCGUUGCCAUGGCAACGCGGGUCUCGUGAGAGUUAUUGGAGGCGAUGAACUGCGUGUGAAGAAACUGUGUGCUGGGCCCCCUCUGCGGUAACAGGGAACCGGGGGCCCGCGGCUGCACACAUAGAUAGCGAUAUUCGCUAUAUAUAUGUGCAGAGAGGGAAAGUGGGGCCCGGGACUGCCAGAGCAGUCCGGGCCCCCCAGGACCGCCGGGCCUGUGACAACCAUCAUGGUUGUCACCUCCUGAUGGCGGCCCUGAGUGUUAGGAAUAUAAAGCUGUAUUCCUAAAACUAUGGUGUCCGCCUUCCCCUUCGGGCACUCAAAGGGUUAAAAGACACAUUACUCUUACCUGAUUCCAGCACCGAAGUCCAUCUCAGCCUCCUCCGACAUAAUCACGAGGGGGAAUUAAAGUGCAUACACCGGAAGCAUGCUUUAGACCCUCCCCAUAGGAAAGCAUUGACUCAAUGCUUUCCUAUGGGGAUUAUCAAGACGCUGGAAGUUCUCACGCAGAGCAAGAGGACAUCUAGCAUAAUUUCACAUUAAACUCUGUGAAACAGCAGGAAGCGCCUCUAGUGGCUGUUUGGUAGACCCUGCUAUAUAAACCCUGCUAUAGAGGCAAUGUUAACCCUGCUAUAUAAACAUUCCAGUUUCUCGAAAACUGGACACUGCACCCAUCCCACUUCAAUGAGAUGCCUACAGUGUACUUUAAAUAUUCUGCAUAUUUAGAAGCACACUUGGAGUUUAUUGAAUAAUCAUGUGUGCUGUUAAUCUGAUGAAAUCAUUCUAUUCAUGAAAUAACCAUGAAAAAAACAGCUCAGACACAUCGUUUGACCUCUGCAGGGCUCGCAAAGUCUUGAAUCACUUUACUUCCUUUAUUUACAAAACAAUAGUCAUGAUUGGAUGUGAUUUGAUACACUCUUAGGAAAUCAUGUUAUAAAUGUUUGAUAACUAAUAUUGGUAUUGUAGAAUUGCUUAUGAUAUAACGACAGAUUAUAUGGUUCUAUUUUGAGAACUGACAAGGCAACAGUGCUGGAUUAAGAGCCUAAUGGGCCUGGUGGUAACAAUAAUGAUGGGCCUAAUUACAGAAUUUAUUAGAGUUAUUUACUAAGGCGAGCAUUGCUGGUAAUUCACAGCGCCAAUCUAAAAAAAAAAAAAUACUACCAAGAGUCCUUGAUCUGAUGAUACAUUCUCAAUACUAGGCCAGUGUCCUGCAAUCCAUAGUAUUUUGGGGGUAUUCUUGAGUCCCCAUAGUGCCCUCCUUCUGCACAACAUUAAAGAGCAAGCGUAUUGUGGAAAGUAGCGAUAUUAAAAAUACUUAUCGUUUUUCUGUCAAUCUCCAUAGGCCUAUUUAAGGGACAUGCUUCUGGAACUGCAGCUUCCUCGGCCGCUAUGUUAUUCUGGCCCUGCAAGGUAAUUGGAGAUUGUAGGCCAAAGUAGUCAAAUUGAAAAAUUAUCCAGUUCAGCUAUUUGACCUCGAAUUUGCAAUUACCUUUUCAGUUCUCCGCAAUUUUAGGUUCAGUAAAUACAAUUUUUUUUUAAAAAUUGAUACCAGUAUUGUUUUUUUUUUUUUACUUUGUUUUGAUUAUUCUUAUAUUGUAAUAAUUAGCAUAGAACUGCAAUCUGUGAAUUAGCGAUUAAACAGCAUUGAAAUGUUCUCCACUUUUUAUCAGAAAUGUGUAGAAUUUAAUUUUAAGCGAAUCGUCUGAAGAAAAUUUGUGUAAAUCGGCAAAUAAAUUCAGACUGAAUGGUUUUACUUGUGAAGCAGACAUGUCCAAAAAUGUGGUUUGUUCACAGAUGAAAAGAAUAGUCCCAAAAUCCUUUAUAUCUGCAACUGAAUUAGUGAAUUUUUACUUAUUUUGCAGAUGAAUCAAUUAGCUUGAGUGUGGAUUAAAAAAUUUUUUAUUUGGCUAAUUUGGAAUAAACUAAUACAAUUUCUGCAGGUCUGCUGUGGAAUCUGUAGAUGGGAUGGAUUUGGUAUUGAAUAGUUUCCGGGAACAAUUAACAAGAAUUUUAUUUGGACAAAUUGUUCCAUAUUUUUGUAGAAGUUACUUUGCAAUGAAUUCUGUUUCCGUUUCAGCAUCAGUCUUGGUUCCUUUUGACAAUACGUGUCAUGUACAACGUGGGAUACAGUGUGUCCGUCACUGCACUCAUUGUCGCCGUGUGCAUACUCACCCAAUUGAGGUUCGUAUCUUUACAGGAAAGCACCCCUGUUCAAUAAAAAGUUCUAAAAUACAGGGGGGAAAAUAAAAGGAAAAUGUAAAAAACUGGGUAAGGGCAGUGACAAGAUGACAUUGGUAGGAUAAUACAUACAUGAUUAUGAGAGCAUGCAUUAGAAAAUAGUAAACAGGAUAAAAAGUAUAAGGACAGGGACAGUGGCAUAAUGAAGACUAGCAUGAAGGAAAUAAUAUAGAUAAGGGAUAUGGUGGAUUUUCAAAGGUUUUCCAAAGGUUACUUGUGGCUGCAGACAGCACACACUUUGAGGGCCUUUCACAAACAUAGGAAUGAUAGAAGUGAAGUGAAUUGCAGAUUUAAAAAACUUAAAAAGAAAUUCUCCAACUGCCCAAAUAAAAAAAUCAACAAUCAUGCAAACAUUUAAUUGUGCAUGUUUUCAAUGGGAAUAUAUCUAAAAACAGUUUGCAAAAGCUGCAGAUCUCUUGUCUGCAACCUUGACAAGUCAUCCCCUUCUAGCUCCACCCACUUUUUAUGGCUGUCCAAUCACAGAAUUCCCAAUGCAGCUGCGUUUUUGCAAGACAGGUGCUCUGGGCAAAUGCUGCUUCUUGCGUUUAGCUACACUGAGCUAACCAAACUAGGAAGUAACAGGUCCAGUUGUGUGAUUGAUAACCGGGGAGGUGUAACAAGUUUAAUUUAUAAAAGUGUCAAUUCCUAUUGAAAUCUGCUCUAUUUGUUAAAUAAAAAAGAGGACAUACUCUUCACACAUAAAACUUGUCAGUAAGAUAAAGUGUCGUAAGGGUCCACACUGUUUCUUUAAAUGUCCUAUUUUACCAACUCAGUUAUUUGGCAUUGAAUGUGCACUUCCAUUUUUUAUUUCCCAUAAUUCUCAUUCUAAUGAACAGCCCCAAGCUUUUCCAGAAUCAUGCUAAUACGCUGCUAGGUAAUGCUUUAGAAAAAUAAGAUUGCUUACCAAAUGGAUUGUUUUUUGUGACAGGCGCCUGCGCUGCACUCGGAAUCUGAUCCACUGCAACCUGUUUGUCUCGUUCAUACUACGUGGAGUGUCAGUGCUGACAAGAGACGCACUUUUAUUUAGAGAGAAGAGCAUGCUCCAGGCAGAGAAAGACUUCACAAAUUUAUCCAGAGAAAAAGUAAGUGGGUGGAAUCAACACUGUAGAGCUGUGUCCUGGGCUAGCAAGCUUCUCUCCUCUAAAAGUACAUUUGACACAUUAUGCUUAGAGGGGUAUCAGUUAGAAUGUUCCGCUACACAGUUGCCGUCAUAUGACAUGAUAUAUGUAGGUUUUGUGGGUGCACCUCUAGAUGUAUCCAUUUUAAUGCCAUUGCUUACUCCCCGUUUUAACUACAAAUUCCUUUAGUGCAAAAUGCCUCUCAUUUUGACAUAUAAGUGGUUCACAAUCUUCACUGCCGCCUUUCUUUAAUGCUGGUCGUUAGCCUAAGCUUUCCCUGUACAGUAUGUUACACACUAUGUCACUUUUAUUUAAUUAUUGGUAUGCUCCAACCCUGGCCAACCUUAGUUUCCCCGCUUUUUUGUGGUUGUUGUUGUUAUUUUUCCAAAUUAUGCUGUAUUUUUUAAAUGUUAUAUAUAAGGAAAAUUAGGGACUACUUUUUCUUAUGUGUGACCUGAAGGUUGACAAAAGUUGGCAAAUGGUGGAAGCUCCAUGGCCUUUGCCAUUGGCUGGGUUGUGUCAUUUCUGGGAGCUGCCCGUCACAGGCACUCUGUGUUUACUUUUGCACAAUUGCAAGAGGCAGCACAGGUUCAUUGGAGGACUUGAGCGUCCGUAUCAUUUGACUCGCACGCCCAAGGUAGGACAGAGAAUGGAAUUUCUGGCGCCACCAUCUUAGGAACACAAAUGCAGGAUCAACACAAUGUAGGGAAAGGUAAGUUGCACCGGUUCCUGGGCCUGAAUCGUCUGUGGGGUUUUCGUGGGUCCAUGGGAAGGCUGGGGGCAUACCAUGAUUUAUGAACGAUCACAAUUUUUCUCUCUGUGUUGACAUGUUCCUUAUGUGUGGGUAUGUAAUAAACCACUCUCUCACUUCCCUUUCAGACCAUGGUGGGGUGUCGUUUAGCUCACAUCACUUCGCUAUAUUUCCUGGCUGCCAAUUAUUAUUGGCUUUUGGUAGAAGGUUUGUAUCUGCACAACCUGCUGAUUGUGUUGUCAUUCUCCGAAGAAGGGGCACUUCCUCGAUAUAUGCUACUAGGCUGGGGUAAGCGCAAUGAUGUGUGCGUAUUACUGCAUGUCACUGUAUAUAUACAUGUCCCUUUAAUUGGUGAAUAUGUACCAAAAAGUUUUGGACCCAUAAGAAAUAAAGGUGCACCAUUUCUAGUUUUACCUACCACCUAAGCUAUUAUAGCCUAUUUUUAAUAAUAAUAAUAACAUGUUAAGCUAAAUGAAAUUAAUAAUAAUCUAAGUGGGUUGCACAGCUGGCUGUUUGCUAAUUCCGAUGCCCUCUGCAGUAAAUAUUGCAAGUAUCAUUCAAUCCAGAAUUAUAAAAAAUGAAGUAGCUAAUGAAGAAUAAGGAUACUUGCGUGCUAUUAAAAUAUUCUGGUAAAUAGUAUUGAGUAGUUUGAAUAAGAGGAUUAAAAUUACUUAAAGGGACACUAUAGUCACCAUAACAACUACAGCUUCUUAUAUCUGUUCUGGUGAGGAGAGGUAUUUCCUUUAGGCUUUUUGCAAUUUUCAGAGAAAAUGCAGUGUUUACAUUACAGCCUAGGGAUACUUCCACUGGCCAUUCCUCAGAUGGCUGCUAGAGGCGCUUCCUAGGGAGUGCUGCACAGUAUGACUGACAUUCAGUGUCUCCUCUCUCUGCAUGGAGACACUGAAUUUCCUCAUAGAGAUGCAUUGAUUCAAUGCAUCUCUAUGAGGAGAUGCUAAUUGGCCUCGGCGGCAUUUGGCUCUGCCCCCUGUCCUGCCUUCUUGACUGAGAUCUUAAGAACUGACAAUCUCAGCCAAUCCAAUGCUUUCCUAUGGGAAAGUAUUGUGAUUGGCUGAGAUCAUCACUUCUGAUGAUGUCAGCCAAGGAGGCAGAUCAGGGGUAGAGCCAGCACCAGCAGGCUUUAAUAAAAUUAAGAUUUUACUAUAUCUGAGGAGGCCAGGAUGGCUAGAUAGUGUUUUUAAUGCUAUAGAGUCAGGAAUACUUGUUUUAUGUUCCUGACCCUAUAGUGUUCCUUAAACUAAAAAGAUGGAUUUGACAAGUUCUCAAAUCAGACUUGUGUUAGUUUUUAGUAUAAUUAUAUUAUUUAUUCUGACAGGAAGAAACGGAACUAUAUCACAUGAUGUACAGUCAGCUAUCUGUAUUGAAAUCAAAUAAGCAUUAUAACAAAUUAUUAUCCAUCGUGAAUGACUGUGGGAAACAAAUUUGUAUUUUUAGUAUUUGGCCAUUAAGUUAAUUAAACCUCACUACACAGUAUAAUCUUUGAAUAAUAUAUAAGAUAAGAGUAAACAGCAUUAUGCAAUGCAUACAACUCUUAAUGGAGUUCUUUAUAAAUGUUAAGUGGAUUAGGUACAAUUUGUCCCCAGGGAUCCAAACCUCACAGGGGAUUAUUUACUGAACAGUAAGCUGUGUGAUAAAUUGACAGCUGCCAGGGUUAUUUGUGAAGAAUUCAGUGUGAAUGUCAUAAUUUGCCCCAAAUAAACAAACCGAAAACAUAGCUGUUUUUGGUUAUUGAACCCCAAAAUUUUACAUUCACUUAGAUUUGUUGCCACUUUAAUGGAAAAACCCUGACAUUUUCAAAAUUAAAGGACCACUAUAGGCACCCAGACCACUUCAGCUCAAUGAAGUGGUCUGGGUGCCAGGUCCAUCUAGGGUUAACCCUGCCUACUGUAAACAUAGCAGUUUCAGUGAAAUUGCUAUGUUUACAUUAGGGUUAAUCUCACUGACAGCCGCUAGAGGUGCUUCUGCGCUUCUCACUGUGAUUUUCACAGUGAGAAGACGCCAGUGUCCAUAGGGAGCCCAGCGCUGGAGAAAGGUAAGAUAUUAACCCCUUACUCCCCCUUCAGGCCAGCGGGAGAGGGGCCAUGAGAGUGGGGGGGGACCAAAAGACCCUAUAGUGCCAGGAAAACGAGUUUGUUCUCCUGGCACUAUAGUGGUCCUUUAAGCCAAGAGUUAAUAAAUUGAGAAAGAAAUGCUACAAUGUGCUAUUUUGGCUGUUAAUGAAAAAGCCACAGAGGAUUGAGAGUUUAUUUUUUACGUUAUGUUGCUAGCAGACAUUCCAUUGUUUCACAUUGCUAACCAGCUAUUGAGUUAAAACAUAUUUUGCUUAUUCUAGGAGUACCGGUUCUGUUUGUAGUCCCCUGGGUGGUGGUGCGACAACUCUAUGAAAACACACAGUGAGUGCAAGACUGUCACAUAAAAUGGUACUGUGAUACUUAAUAAUAAGCGCGUUUCCAUGCACACACCAAUGUACAAAGAUACAACCCCAGAAUCCCUCCCACUCAAACCAAUAGCGCAUGUAUGUUUAUGACAUCGUGCUUGUAUGUAUCUGCAGUGCUUAUUGCAUUUUGCCUUCUUAGUAGAGUCACAGCUUUCCAUUAAAGGGAACUUAUUUAUUUCAUUUCCAUUGCUACCUAAGUGAAACUCAUUUGUUAAUUUUUCUUAACAUUCCAUAUUUACAGAGUUUUAACAAAAGAAGGCGAAGAGUAACAUUUAUCAUAUAUCAAGCACAAACUCAACACAAGAUAAUAUAACUGUAGGAUGUGGUAUGUUGUUAUUACAAUAUACUCAGGUUGUAUAAGAACAUAUACAUUUUUCAGGGUAAAACAAAAUAUGAUAUAAACUUGUGUCAGUUUAUGGAGUGUUUUGUCACGUUGGCAAGACCCACGACAGCAUUCUACGCAGAGUGUUAAGGAAAGUUUUAAUCUCAUGGAGAAGCCGCAUCCUGGUGUUUGCAUAUUUUAAGAGGUGUUUAUCUAUUCUAUUGUAGGUGCUGGGAAAGGAAUGACAAUUCUUCUUAUUUUUGGAUCAUUCGAUCUCCCCUCUUAUUAGCUAUUCUGGUAAGUCCAGUAUUUUUGAACACUAUUCUAGAAUGUUCAAAAUUGUCCUUCAGCUACAAAUGCCAUAACUCUUCACCGACCAAAGAUGCCACCCUCUUUGUGAUGUUACCCGAAUGUAACCAGAAAAUAAUACAAUUUGGAAUCCACAGACCAUCAAACGACAUUGCUGUACCCCUACAAUGCCAUGUUGGAGGUGGGGAAAGAGAUAACGGGACACGUACUACUAAUACCAUAGCUCCAGGAGUAAAUGUGGUCCAACCUGUAAUACAGAAUUGUUGCUUUUGCAUUCGUAAGGAACGUAUGAAGACAUUUGAAUGGACUUUACAAAUGCAAACAAAAAGAAUGCUAUUGUAACUUCUUUAAUUUGGGGUUUAUUCUUACAACACAACUUGUCAUUCAGUCCAGAAAAUGUCACACCGUGCUUGAUAUUGCUUGUGUGAUAUCAUUCCUAAAAAUAAUUGUGCAAAUAUCAAUAUUCUGUCUGACAUAUGAUUCUUAGCGAAUAGUUAGAUGUCUUCAAUUGUUUUGAUUUUGGCAUAGUUUUUCUUUAUAUUUCUCUAUAUUUCACACCAGAUAAAUUUUGUGAUCUUCCUACGUAUACUGCGGAUUUUAGUCCUGAAGCUGAGAGCCAAUCAGAUGAGAAUAAGUGAUCGUAAAUACAGGUACGUCCGUGUUCUACCUGAGUGAGAUGGCACAGAUUUGUGUUUUCUCUGAUCAGUGGGAGUCUUAAAAACUAAAUAUGUUCAGUUAAAGAGAAUCUGUCAUUUUCAAUAUUUAAUGAAGAUAUAUUUGACAGAAAUUGCAAUGCAAUCAUAAGAUACCAAAUAGACAAGAUGGGGCUUGUCAUAUGUUUACAAAAGACAGAGCUCUGCCGUCAACUUUUGUCCAAUCUCAGCAGCCAUCAUAAGUGAUGGCUGUGGGAUUUAGGCAUCAAUCUAUGGGAUUUUCCAGAGUCCCCAGUGUUGGACUCUCGCACAUGCAUGAGAGUAAGUCGACACAUAUAUGUUUAAGUAUAUUUAUUCUCAAUUAGGAGAUUUCUGUAGCUUUGUUUCUUUUUUUGUUUUGUCUUGUUUAAAUUGACUUAACACAUUUUAUGGAGCUUGCUGCUUGUUUAUUUUAUAAAUGUCAUAUUUUCACUGGUUUGAAGUGCCUGUGCACACGCUUUGGUGAUUAUACUAAGUUUACGCUUGUUUAAACGGAUACUGAAGGCAACAGAUAGGAGUGUUUAUGGUGCCUGGAGUCCAUGGACUCCCUGUCCUGCAUCACUGCUAAAUGGUUUACGAGAUUCUCUGUCUCAGCAGCCUGCAGUCUGGACUCCAAUGACAAAAUGGUAGAAGGAGCUGUGCUAUAUUUAUGCCAUACCAGCGGUAGCUCUCUGCUAAUCACUGCCCCAAUCGCUUUUAUAAAUUGGUAUGGUUUGAGGUGCCGUGAACUGAGCAUCUCUGCUAUAUGGUGAGUAAACUGUUUAGCAGCGAUGUGAGACCUAGAGCUCACGGAACUCGAGGCACCAUAACUAAUUCAAUCCGUUGAUGUGGUUAUGGUGCCAACAGUAUUAAAAGUAAAGCAGAGAGUGUUGCUUUCUUAAAGUUAGUAAAUGUCAUCAGUUAAUGUUGGUGUGUCAAAAAGCUUUCAAUUGUUUUACCCAAAGGCGGUUUGACAGGUACCUGAAUAAUAAGAAAAUUAUCUUCUUAAAAAGCAUAAAAAGUAAUGUGGUGUAAUCCUUAUUCAUUUAUUAGUGGGUACGGGAUAUCACUGUCUCCUUAUUCCACAGACUGGCCAAAUCGACACUGACGCUGAUCCCCUUACUGGGGAUUCACGAGGCCGUAUUUAAUCUGAUACCUGAGGAAAGCGCAAAGGGGGGAUUCCGCUACAGCAAACUAGCUGCAGAAUUACUGCUCAGUUCAUUCCAGGUGAGCAACUUCAGCCCGCCUCACUGCUUAACUGUACAUGCAUUCUACACCACAUGCGCAGCAUUGCCUAGCUACCAAUAUAUAGGACAUACAUGGGCAGCACUAAAACCACUGUAUGAAACAUAUUAUACUGCAUGCAACUGGAUUUACAAUAGCUUUCAUGAUUUUUGCAACCUUACCUUGCCAUAGUGCUGGGGUAGGCACCUGUUGACACUCCAGAUGGUUUGGAGUAUUGAUGCUUUGCCAGCAUUAUUAUUAUUAUUUUAUUAUUUAUAUAGUGCCAUCUGAUUCCGUAACGCUGUACAAUGGGAUUAUGUCUGUAAAAGUAUUAUGGGAGAUGUAGUCCAAAACAUCUGGACUGCCAAGAAUGCCUUCCCCUGCCUUACUAAAUGCACUGGUUGUAAAACAGCUUAACUGGCAGGGUACCUGUAAAAGAGACUUAACCCUAUUAGCUUUGCUUGUUAAUAGAAUACAACUGCAGAAUUAAUAUAAAUCAAAUGGAUUAUACAUUACAAGUAAAUGCCAGUAAUAAUAGUGAAAACAGAAAUAAAAUGUAAACAGGAACGGCUAUGUUUCACUGAGGGUUAAUCCAGCCUCUGGUGGCUGUCUCAUUGAUAGCCGCUAGAGGAGCUUCCGCGAUACUCACUGUGAAAAUCACAAUUGAGUAAUGCUUUCCUAUGGGCGGUUUAAAUGCGCGCGCGCCUCUUGCCGUGCAUGUGCAUUCGGAGCUGAGAGGCGGAGGGAUCCCCAGCGCCAAGGGAGUCCAACGCUGGAGAAAGGUAAAUGCUGAAGACACACACACACACACUCUCACGAACAGACGCAUACACUAGCUAACAGACACACACAUUUACUGACAGAGACACACUCUGUGACAGACAUACAUACACACUCACUUACAAAACAUACACUUUCACUGACAAACACACACUCACUAACAGACAUCAAACACACUCAGUAACAGACACACACAGUAACACACUCACUAGCAGACACACACCCAAUAACAGACACACACACUAACACACACACACAAACACUAACACAUACACACAAACACUAACAUACACACAAACACUAACACACACACACUAACACACUCACACACUAACACACACAAACACACUAACACACAAACACACACACUAACACACACACUAACACACACACACUAACACACACACUAACACACACACAUUUUUAAAAAAAAAUUUAAUCCCCCCAGCCGCCUUACUUUUUGGAGAGCUGAGGGGAUUCCCUGGGGUCCAGUGGUGCUGCUGGGCGGGCUGGCUGUCUGGGUGGCCGGUGCGCGAGGGAGCACUCUCCCCUGAGCCGGAAGAUGACGUCCGAGGGAGCUGAAGAGGAAGCACUCAGGGGAGAGUGCUCCCUCGCGCACCGGCCACCCAGACAGCCAGCCCGCCCGCAUGCCGGGGUCAGCAGGGCCAGCCUCGGGGGGGGCCCUGAGGUGGCCGGCUCCUGGGCCCCCCAGGAGAAGAGGCUGGCCCUGUGGGUACAUACCGGGUCGCAGGGGCGACCGGGCCCCCUGGUGGGCCGGGCCCGGUCGCAGCCGCGACCACUGCGACCCUGGUAUGUACGCCACUGGCUGUACAUAUAUACAACCUAGACAUUUUUUUGACUUGGGGCGCCUUGGAAAAAUAUUGAAAUAUUAAGGGCGCCUUGAACCUACAAAGUUUGAGAACCACUGCUGUAUACACAUUCUAGAGCUCCACUUACUGUCCAUUCUGCUAACAGCGCUAACAAUGAAUGAUGUAGUUUCAAACUAAAACGCAAACCCAGGAUUAGUGAAUAUCUACAUAUUCCACUGCCUUGUUCCAUAUUGGACUCCAGCAUUCUGUUGUACAGCACUGAAUAAUAUGCUGGUACUAUAUAAAUAAAAAUAUUAAUACUAAGCCCAGGAUCUCCACUGCUGUAAAGCAAUUCCACAAGAAUUACAAAAAAAAUAUAGUGUGAAAUGAUCACGUGACUUUGGCACAGAGGUAUAAUGCAUGUAAAUAACAAUGAGGAUCUGAAGGUAUGGUUACCUAUGGUCGCUGCAUAUAUCCUUUAUAUUAUUGCUAAAUGCAAAUCCAAAAUAUAAUGCAAAUACUCUGGGUAUGGGGAAACUUCUCAAUCACCGUAUAUAUAUAUAGUUGGUGUCUUCUCAAAGAACACUUUGUAAGUAGAUCCAACCACUUGCUGCACUGUUAGAUGGGUGCGUAAACAUUUAAAGGUAAGAUUGGAUACUUAAUGACACUAUACCAGGGGUAAACCUUGCAAAAUGUUCAUAACUUCUCUCUCUCUUGUACUCAGGGGCUGCUGGUCGCUAUUAUCUACUGUUUCUGUAACAAAGAGGUAAGUAAUGCUCCCAGUUUUUUUCCUCCUUCAUUCUGACCAUUUCCAUAACUGCUAUUAAAAUGGCACUGUUCCCACCACCUCCCAACCCUUAAAAAUGAGUAUUUCAUAAAGAUAGAACCUUUUUUUCACUGAAAUUCCAACCCAGUCAAGAGAUAUACUGACACAAAGUGAGGGCUCCAAAGCGGACCCGCCAUAUCAAGAAAGCCGCACCCACGAGGAACAGGUUCAAAUAAGUACAACUCAUCUUUACUUGCCCCCGGCCAUCGGACUCUCAGCAGCAAUGUCACCACUGGGGGUUCUUUGCAAAUUUGUGCUGCUUUAAUUUGAAGUUGCCUUACCCUCCUUUCAUCUCAUUUCUCUCUAAGCCUCUUCUCAUGGCCUCCCCUUUCUUCUUACAGGUUCAGUCUGAGCUUUACCGCAAAAGGCAGAAUUCUUUAAAUGGAGGGAGGUCCACCUGCGCUCCGCGCUCCUUGCACCCCUCACCUAGGAGACCUAACGUAGCUGAGGACUUGAUGUCUAACAGCUCGGUGGCACGGACCAGCCAAUACUGAAUUACUCAUCUCAUCCUGCGACCCACUCCCCUCCUCUCAGCUAUUUAUUUAUUUAUUGUUUACUGUCAAGUCAUUGUUAAUUAAAAUCUCGUUUGUGAGCACAGUGCAGUUGAUGUGAUUAUUAAUAACUUUUAGUCCUUGAUUUGAUAAGCUUUUCAAAUUAUUUAAUAUUUUUGGAUAAAUUUAAAAAACAUAUAUUAGGAAAAAUAUUUAAAUUUCGUAAUAGCUUUUCAAAUGAUUUAAUAUUUUCAGAUGAACUUUUAAAAUAUAUAUUUUUUCAGAAUACAGGUGGUCCUCACUUUACGACCUACCUGUUUUACGACGGCUCGCACUUACAACCAGCUUUCUAGCGUGGGGAUUCAAGGGAUUCUCCACUUUAGAGAGCUGGUCUAUGUUUGGGGAAUGUUCCCCGAACAUAGAUUAGAGGGAUUCCAUGCUCUGGUGCGUAUGUCUACGCUCGGGGAAAUUUCCCCGAACAUAGAAAAGCGCACCAGAGCAGGGAAUCCCUCUAAUCUAUGUUCAGGGAACAUUCCCCGAACAUAGAUUUGAGGGAUUCCCUGCUCUGCAGCACCUUCUCUAUGUUCGGGGAAAUUUCCCUGAACAUAGACCUGCCCGGUGUGCAUGCUCUAUAGCGCAUCCUCACUUACCGACCAAUUUGUUUUACGUAAGAACAGAACCUGGUCGGUAAGUGAGGAGUGUCUGUAUUAAAAUAUAAAAUUAAUUAUACAUACUUUUUUUUAUAUUUUAUUAGUUUUUUUAAAAAGAAUUAUUUCAAAAGUUCAUCCAAAAAUAUUAAAUCAUUUCAAAAGCUUAUCCAAGAAUAUUAAAUCGAGGCCUUAAUUCUUAUAACUCUUUAGGUCUCAAACCUUUGCUGUUGGGCGAUAUAUCCUCUUUUCUUUCAUGCCUGCAGAUAUUAAUGCAGCUAUGUUUGUUAUACAUUCCUUAUUUGUAAUAUGCCUUCAACAUGUCCACAGAGGAUUGGGGAAUGCCUGACUUCAAACAGCCAUACGAAUAAUGCAAACACCAGUGGCUUUACUUCGAAUAUAUGGAUGGGAUUUACACAAAGUAAUAAAAUCCCUUGCAGUGUGCAGCAAAUCCAGUAUGCUAUGACACUGACGCUUUAACUCUCGCAAUGAUGGACUGAUCACAGUACAUUUUUGCAAAUUAAAUCAAAAUGGAUAAAACUUAGCUAUUUUUGCCUCAGUCUUCCCAUUCAGAUUUAAUUGGUAAACAUUUACGAUUUAGUGAAUAAGGCUGUAAAUGUUUACAUACUGGGAGAUUAUUUUAUAAUAAAUAACCGGGAAGCUAAAGGUCUAAUUUUCUCUAAUUUUGAAAUGGGAAAGUCACAGAACUCACUAAUAAUUGGAAUUUUGGAUAGUUUUUUUUAAAUCAUUGGCCUUGGGUUGAAUCUGUUCACCUGUUUGGUUCUCGGAAUCAGGCCUUAUAACAUUUUGCAAUGGAUUAAUAGAAUUUCCCCCAUGAGGCUAACACUCCAGUGUUGUAAUCCUACAAAGUCCCUCGCUGUGCACAAGCAAAGUUCAGUUUAUAUUGGGAUCAGAGAUAUAGGAUCAUCCUUAAAGCCGUACUAUUUGCUUGGCUUUGUGAUCAGUAGGUAGUAUUUGACAUAACAUCUGUAAAGAUGGGUAGAGUAUAGGCUUAAAGGAAGUUAAAAGGUCUUGUAUUGUGUAUAGAACAAAUCCCGAAAUGAUAAUAGUUUAUUUAAUUGUGAUGUAUUAAAAACGAAUUGCUGAAUAAAGGCCACAAUGCCAAACAAUGACUAUAGCUGAGUUGGAUUUUAUUAAAAACAUUGGCCUCACUCAGUUAUUAAUUCACCACCAUUCACUCGUGUUUUUAAAGUGACAAUAAAAACAGCUGUAAAUAUUGUAAUUUGGCAAUAAACCAAAAAACACAUUGAGCAUUCUAUGAGCUGAGUCUGUAGGAUAUUGCAAGGUUACACAGUAAUAAAGCUUAAUUAAUGAAAACAGAAAUUAUAUGGAAUAACACUUGCAUGGGCUGCAAUUAGGUGUAAGACCUGCUUCGCUUUUGAUAAUACCAUCAACAUUAUAUACAACAGCUAGAAUUGCUAGAUCAAUCAUGUUGCUCUAGAGACAUAUCUGUUCUACAUACUGAUGUGUAACAGAUAAAGUUCUACCCUGCAAUAUGUGGCAUUUAUAAGUUGCAGGAGGGAAAUCAAUUAACUAAUAAAGCUAUUUCCUAUAGGAUUCCAUCGUCAUUAAUAAAUAUAUUUUUUGCAUGAAUCAUAUGAAUUCUACACAUUGUUAAGUGACUGCGGGCCAUGGUUUAUCUAUAGUUAGAACAACUGAAUGAAACAAUUUGCAUCAUGUUGGAUAAAUCACUGAUCCCUUGAAAACUUAAUUUGGGCGUAUUGGCUAGAAUAUUGAUUUUACUACUUCUACCUACAGCACAAUUUGUUUCAAGGUUGAAAAUCUUACAGCAGACUAAACCCAGCUAUUGGACGAAAUAUUGCAGAUGGUGAAAAAAAAAAAAAUCCACAUUGCCAGAAAGAAAGAUGCAGUCUGCAAGCAUUGGGUUUGCGUGCCAGGACUCACAUUGGAGCAUGCAGCUAAAGAUUUGAUUGGAUAAUGCAAGCUCUCAGCUCAGCAGCAGACUACGCUAAAGCCAGUAAGAGGCGCAUGAUCAGAAUCUUAACAUAAGGGAAGGACGAGGGAGGAUCUGCAAAUGUUUAAUGCAGAAAAAAAAAAUAAUCUGCAAAAAUAACAUGUAGAGAGAACACUAAUCUAGGUCAAGGAUGCAUCAAAGCCAGUGUCAUGGAUUCUCAGUUUGGCCUAACAUCAUAGGAGUCAUACGCUCUGUCCUGUAGAGAAUCAUGCACACACAAUAUUAAGUGCAAAAUCAAAACUAAGAUGUUGGCUUUGCCUUGUAUUUACUAAACUGAACUGUAAAGAAAUGGCAAGGAAAUCGCAAAUUUUAGGCUGAAAUAGAGACGGCGAUUUAUUUGUUCUUUAGCAAUUUUGGUAGCAGCCAGUCAUAAUUGUGUCCACUACAAAUAAAUUAAAAAUAAAAAGGAAAUUUUUGACGCCUCAGCUUUUAGAAGGGCUGUGUUAAAGGCCCUUUUAUACUGUACCCUUGUUUGUGAGUAAAAAAAAAGUGCUGGCUCCUGUGUAUUGUAUGCGAGGCUGGCCAAGAUGCCCUUCUUUUAUCCAACCUUGUGAAGGUGCUAUGUGAUAAUUAAAGGUAGGAGUCAUUAACUUCAUCUAUCACUUCCUUCAGCACCACCUGUGCCUCAGUUCCCAUAUUUAUACAUUUUCUAGCAUAAAUAUCAGACAACGUUGCCAGAAGUUGAAGGUUGACUGAAAUUGUAAGUGUCCAAAAUGGAUUACCAUGGAAGUGGAUGUGCCACCAUGGGGGUGUACCUUCACAAAUUGUGCAAAGCAUCACAAGUGACAGUGCAUCAUUAACCAACCUUGCUAAUGCAACCUAUGAAUGCUACAUACUGCAGGGCAGCAUGUAUUGUCUUCAACACUUCUUCCUGUCAACAAUAUUUGUCUCUCUCUCUCUCUAUAUAAUCCACGAUCCUGCACUCACAUUUGUAGUAUAAGUGCCACGGUGCUCUUUCAGCCAAAUCAACAUAAAUCUCCACGAAGAAAGGCACACGCUGGGCUUUUUGAAGAAAAUGAUUUGUCUUUAUUCAUAACUCACGGGUUACAGCAGUCCAUCAUAGGACUUUCAUCGGGAUAACCAGUUAUCCAAAAAGCCCAGCGUGUGCCUUUCUUCGUGGAGAUUUAUAUAUAUAUGUCCAUGAUACAUUGUAGUGGAUCUAGAUUGCUCACUCAUUUAUAUUAGAUAUAAAUUGGAUCACGCUCAUUCCCAGUGUUUGUGCCUAACAUGAUAAUAAAUAAAUAAAUGUGUAAAUGUGUAAAUGGAAUGCUCAGUGAAAGUAUCAGACAUAAUUCCAUGCUACAUCACACUUAUUAUAUCACCAUGAUAACCUGUUGGUGGUUUUAAUUACUAAGCUGUUUAACACUAGUAACACUAGCUAUAAAAUGUCACUAAUUAAUCACAUACAUGACAUGUCACCUCCUGUGUCACUAAUUAAUGCCAUACAUGACAUGCCACCUCCUGUGUCACUAAUUAAUGCCAUACAUGACAUGUCACCUCCUGUGUCACUAAUCACAUACAUGACAAUAAUUAAUGCCAUACAUGACUUUAAUUAAUGCCAUACAUGACAUGUCACCUCCUGUGUCACUAAUUAAUGCCAUACAUGACAUGUCACCUCCUGUGUCACUAAUUAAUCACAUGCAUGACAUGUCACCUCCUGUGUCAGUAAUCACAUACAUGACAAUAUUUAAUGCCAUACAUGACUUUAAUUAAUGCCAUACAUGACAUGUCACCUCCUGUGUCACUAAUUAAUGCCAUAGAUGACAUGUCACCUCCUGUGUCACUAAUUAAUGCCAUAGAUGACAUGUCACCUCCUGUGUCACUGUCACCUCCUGUACAGCUUGUACAGACUGCUCUGUGUAUUAUUAUUCGUUUCUCCCUGAGAACUGUACUUGUCCCACACUCCCUUAAGGUGUCAGGGCUCUUCCAUAUAAGGACAUGGCCGGAUCUGAGGCUUCUGAUUGGCCGAUGGCCCCUCCUGCUCCUGUCUGUCAGCCGAGCUCGGCGAGCGUGGGUGCUGGGGAGCCUGGCCCUUUAAGGGAUCAGGUGACAAACACCAAGCGUCACCCCUCCCUGGAUGACAUCUCCCGGGGAGCCCAGCGGGUGUUAGACGGGUCACUGCCCGGCCCAGGGAGCACCGGCCGCGGGACCUGUGGCAUGCAGCGGGCAGCACUGCGAGCCAUGGAUUAACUCCGGAUCAGGAUCUGGAUUUAAACUGGAGGAGGGGGAGAGUUAGACUGCUCAGGCUGGGAGUGCAACUUAAUCUGGAUCAAAACCACAGAGGUGAGGGGAUUGGGGGAACUGGGGGGACUGGAGCCACUGAAUGAUGGGGAGCUGGAGCCACUGGAAUUGGGGGAGCUGAAGCUACUGAAUGGGGAGCUGAGCUACUAAAUGGGGGAGCUGGCCACUGAAUGGGGCGGGGGGGACUGGAGCCACUGAAUGGGUGGGAUGGGGGCAGGGGAGGGAGCUGAGCCACUGAAUGGGGGAGCUGGACCACUGAAUGGGGAAGAGCACUGGUUGGGAGCUGGAGCUACUCUGGCUGAAUGUGGAGCUGGACUGAAUGGGGAGCUGGAGCUACUGAAUCUGGGGAGCUGAGCCACUGAAUGGGGGGGAGCUGGAGACUGCAAUGGGAGCUCACUGGGGAGCAAAGAGUCACUGGGGUGGGGGGAGCUGGAGCCACUGAAUGGGGGGAGUUCGGAAUCUAGAAUUAAGGGGGGGUUCUGGGGUUAGAAACAGUGGAGCUGUUCUGGAGGGGAUCUGGAUCUCGGAGGACUGGGGGAGGUUCUUGGUCUAGAUGCAGUGGAGAAGUUCUGGAUCCGGCUCUAGAUGCAACGGGGGAGGUGCUGGGUCUGGAUGCAGUGGAGAAGCGCUGGGUCUAGAGACAGUGGAGAGGGAGAGGUGCUGGGUCUGGAUGCAGUGGAGAGGUUCUGGGUCUAGAGACAGUGGAGAGGGAGCGGUGCUGGGUCUGGUUGCAGUGGAGCGGUGCUGGGUCUAGAAGCAGUGAGUAGGGUCUGUAGUACUAUAGGAACCAGAAGAGAGUGUUUACCAAAUACCUGUUUAAAUCCAGAUCGCAAAUAAGUGGAGAAGAAAAUGCCAACAAUAAAAGAGGAAGUGCAUUUGCAUAGAUGGGUCUAUGUGUAUUAAAGAAAAUCAAAAUGGAUAAAUACAUCAAACUGUUUAAUAAAAGAUUGGUGAUCUGGUAAACCAUUUACAGGAAUAAUAUGUUAAAGUGUAGCUUUUUAAAAUAAUUUUUAACACUUUGCCCUUUUAUUAUGAUUUAUUUAUUUUUUAAUAAGGUCAGAGGCUAGCUUUAGAGUAAACAUCCCACCCUGGCUUCCUGCAUCCAGAGUUCAAUACUUUAAAUAGAUGAGGGAAUUCCAGUCUGCUUCUAGUCCUAUUAUCUGAGUGUUACAGUAUCAGAGUGCAGAAGCCAUUAACAUGAUCUAUGCUCUGUCACAUGACACAAUAGCCACAUAUUACAGAAGGAAUUCUGUUUGUAUUACUGUGGUGGGGGGUGGAUAGAAUGGAAGAUUGGAAAAUGGUUCUUUUUAUGAUUGGAUAAAGUGUGCAAGUCCACAGAGAGCUGUGUUGUUGGUUUUUAUUUUAUUACACUUGCUGGUUAUAGGCGUGGGUUUGGAAUAGGUUAAGAGGCUAGGCAAUUGGGAGUAAAGGGCAAGUAUUCAGAUUGGGUGUUUAAUAACUGGUAAAGUACGUUAUCGUAUUCUGUAUCGCACAAAGAAGUCUUAAUGGAUUAUACCCGAUAUGUAACCUUACACUGGUGACAAUGACACUGUGAUACUGUAUCUCCCUAUACCAGUUGUCAGUCCUCUGUCUUAUUGUGAUGAUUGCCUGGUGUCUGUUUUCAUAUGAUAAUACAUUGUUCUUUCUAAUGUUUGCCUUGUGCCCCAUGUAGAAACACUGCACUUACAUUUCUUUGUGUUAUUCAUCUUGCAUCCACCUCUCCCUGUAUUUUCCACCAUGCUGCCUUUGUCAUUCUGUACUGCAGCCUAUCAUGCUGUCAUUUGUCUGCUUGCAUACUGGUAUUACUGAAUUUCCUAUCAACAGGAAGGUAGCGUGAAUACAUGUGUGCCCCUUUCUGGUUCUGUCACUGUAACCAACAAUGUUCUAUAGGUAAAUCUCACUCUCUCUUUUUUUUUUUUUCCUUCCUUUUAUAGAUUUCCUUGCGAUCACCAAUCUCAACGCUGUAACUGACGUUCGUUCUCCAUCUCCAGAAGUCAUGGAAUCCAGGGUCCCAUCCCCCAUUCACCUGUGGAGCCCACGUCCGUUUGGGUCGUAUUCUACAAGUCUCCCUUCAGGUGGUAAAGGAAGUAGCGCUGAGGCAAACGUGGAAGAUGUGAAGCCACCAGAGGAAGAAAUUCCUCCUUCGGAUAGUCCCCAUUAUCAAAGUGGAGAUGAUCGUGUACUCUUGGAUACGUGGUAUGUCAUCAAGCCAGGGAACACAAAGGAGAAAGUGGCAUUCUUUGUGGCCUACCAGUGUGCGGAAAAUGGAGCCUCAUCACGUCCGGGCGGUGCAAAGGUUAAAGGUCGAUGGAGUGCAGGAGGCAGCUCUAGGGCUAAGAGACGACGCCAUGCCAUUGAUCCAGAAGCUUCUCCAUCGGUAGCUGAGAUGGUGGCAUUGGCGGAAAGUCGCACUGCUGAGGUAGUGGAGCCUAGACCCCCUCUGGUUCUAGUGACCUCCUCAGAUGAUAAGGAAGAAGGCCAGUGUCGGAGUGUGGCAGAGGCAGUUGCCCAGUAUGAGGCAGAACAUGCAGAACGUGAGGUGCGCAUUGCCUUCAGAGUGGCUGAACGACCAGGGGAUCCCAUCACUUGUGACCUUUAUCAGUUGUUAAGCCCUGAACCACACCGUGUCUGUGUCUUACUGGAAAAGAUGGAGACACCUCAAGCUGACCGAGCCGAUGAAGCACAGGCCACUGCUUCUGCUGCUGGCUUUCAUGUGGACUUGGUGCUAACCGGUGCUGUUGACCGCUGUGUCUUCUAUGGCGGUGAAGCAGGAGAAACAGAACCACUACCUGGCCAGCUUUUCUUCCCACGUCUUUCUACUGCCCCUCCGCCUCCACCUCCCCCUCCACCACCAGUGCCACCCCUCUGUCGUCUUUACCGUCAUGUUUCCCAUGAUUUCCUAGAGAUCCGCUUCCAGGUACAGCGGCUUCUUCAGCCACGCCUUUGUCUCUCAGUUUUGCCGGAUCAUGUCCUUCUGGCUGUUUUUGGCUACUUGUCCACACGGGCACUAGCUGCUGUUAAGUGUACGUGCCGGCGUUUUCGGGCUUUAAUUGAGGACUAUGGGGUACGACCAUGCGAUUCACGAUGGAGCAGGGACCCCCUAUACCGAGAUGAUCCAUGUAAACAAUGUAAGCGUCUAUACCGGAGGGGGGAUGUUUCUAUGUGCAGAUGGCACCCAAAGCCAUACCACCACGACCUGCCUUAUGGCCGUUCCUACUGGAUGUGCUGCCGCAAACCGGACAGGGCAGCACCAGGUUGCCAGCUGGGACUACAUGACAAUAACUGGGUGCUACCAGGAGAGUGUACCCGGGGAAGAGGAAGAGGGCAUGGGGAGGGUGAUGAAGGCAGGUGA